AUGUCUCCUCUUCAUGAGGCUUCGGAGAUCUUCUGGAUCUCAGUAGUCCUAGAAGUGCUGCAGAAAUCUUCUGAUCACUAAAAAAAAAGUAUAAAGUGAGAAAAUGGUUUCUUAUCCGGCCGAAAUCCAAGAGAGGUUGCUCAUUUCCGGGCGCAGGCAGAGCGUCUUUGUUUGCCGCGUCAAUGAGUAACCCGUCGAACAUUUAGCGCCAAACCGCCAGCACUUGUUGUUAUCGUUUGUAUUUGUACAUACAUCAGUCGGCCUGUUCCACAUAACUUUUUUAUUCCUUUCCUCGAACUCGGCGUCUUUCCAACCUCGGUUUUUUGUCGCUUUGCCUCUUCAGACUAAGAAAUGUAAGUUCUACGGGCUCCAUAAAUCUAUUUUUUGAACAAAAGUAGAUUUUAUGGUUUUCUAUAAAUGAGACUACUAGAAGCUCUGAAAUUCGAUUUGGGGAAUUUGACUUUUAAAGAUUAUAAGAACUUGAAAAAAAAAACUUUGAAAUUUUUUACAAACAGUUUAUAGAAAUAAAUGUAACUUGAAGGCCCAAGAUUAUAUUGAAAUAGUAGCCUGAUGUUUCGCUAUUUUUUUUUCGGAAUUGAAUAAUCUGUGUCGUGUUCAUUGGUUAGAAAAUCGAUUCAAAAAACACAAAAUGAAAUUUUCUUAUGAGCGAUAAAAUGUUCAGAAACAUCUUCUGAAAGAAUGAAUAUAUUGAACGCGCCAUAAUAAUAAUAUUCAUGAGAAUACAACAGAACUCAGACCUUGGUAACGCGAACGGGACGCGAAUCGGACGUGUCGGGGCAUUUCUAGUGACCACUUUAGUAGCCUCAGAACUCUUAAGAGAUCCCUAGAAUCGCCCAGACACGUCCGGAGCACGUCCGUUUCGCGUUACCAAUGUCCGAGAAUUUUGUAACCGGGGAAAAAAUGUAAAGAAAUCGUUCCAUGGAGCGCAGAUGAUCAUCGCGGAAACGAAUUUUCUUCAAAAGAAAGUUUCCCCUUGGUUUUUUUUUCAUUUGUUGUACCUUUUUACGAUUUUUGUAGUCGUGAUGAUUAGCUUCUUCGCACUCCACUUGUUGUUCCAGCCGCACCUUGUUGUCUUUCUGAUGUUUUUCUUUUUCAGAGAGAUACUUCUCCAGCUAUCGGCAAAUAGUGUCAUGCUCAGCAUUGUUUUGCGACUAGAUUUGUGAGUUUUGUUUCAAUUUUCCAGUAAUAGUGGUGGAAGUUUACAAAAAGAGUUUUGAAAAGCUUUCGAAAUAAUUGUUUUGAGGAUAUAAUUCGAAGCGAAACGAAGAUGUGGGCGUCGAUUGCAAGCCGGGGCGAUUCUGGACCUGUCAACAUCAAGCAGCGACUCCAGAAGCGCUACAAAUACCAGCAGGUUCCGAAAAUUUAUUAUAUUUUUAAGAAAAAAAGCGCACUUUUUUUGUUAAUUUUUUUGUGAAAAGUUCAAAUUUCUCGCGGAUUCUAGUACCUGAAAGAUUGAUGCAAAGUUUUCUCAAGUUUUUUCAAAUCCUUAGAAUAUCGUCCUCAAAAAUUUUUGAACAUCACGUAAAAAAAUAUUUUUCUCAAGACGAAUUAUGAAAAAUUACAUGUUUCACGUGUGUUUUGAGACCUUUUCAACGACUUUUUCUAAAUGAUAUGAAAAAUGGCUCUUCGCGUUAGGACCACUAUCAAAUUUUCAAUGAUUUCCUUGAUUCUGUCUCAAUUUUUUUUAUCAAGAUUGAAUUUUUUAUAUUUUUUGAAUGAUAUUUUAAAAGAAAGCAGCGAAUUUGGUGAAAAUAAACUAAAUUUCGCAAUACUUUUGAAUGUUUACAAGUUAGUGAGUACAGUCAAUUACUUUCAGUACUUGAGAAACUUUUGAAAGUGAAGAGAACAAUCUCUGGGGAUCAUUAAGAACAAAUCUUGAAGCAAAUUGGUUGGAAUGAGAUUUUCCAAGAACUCAUUGUGCAAGUUUGGAGCCUCUGCUUACGGGAAAUCGGCUUUUCGCGUGCCUUUUUCCACUUUUUGGUGUCGUGUUUCACAUCAGACCCAAACCAUCAUUCCCCUAAACAUUCGACUUUUGGCCGCUUUUUCCUGCCUUCGAAGCAAUAUUAACUGGAUUAUUACUUGGGGCGCAAAGAUCCGAAUCGUACCAGUCUUUUGAGUGUUUUCGGUCUCACGGCUUUCCGGAUUCUCAGAUUUCUCAGAUAAAUUUUGUCUCGAUUCUGUUCGGUUCAUUUCUUUUUUCACGUCCUCUUUUUAUUUCGAUCGACCUUCAGAUCAAGUUAUUUGUCAUAGGUGAGACUGCUUUUUUUCUUCAAAAAAAGCAACACGAAAACUUUUUCUUUUUUUGAAAGUUUAAAAAAAUAGGCAGUUUUUCUCGAAUUUGGGAUAAAUUGACCAAUUUUUGUUCAGUCGAAAAUUUAGAGAACGAAAAAAUAAAAUUAAAAAUUUUUUUAAAUAUUCAAUUAGGUCUUCUGAAAGUUCAGGCUUACUGAAAUUCAGAAAGAAAUUCAUGAUUUUUCUUUGAUAAAGUAUCGUACUUUGUAAUUCUUCGAAUAUAUGCAGAAAAAAAAUGGGGGACUUAAAAAUUCAAUAUUUUACGGCUUAAUUAUGAAGUGGUGAAAAAAAAAUACGAUUAUUUGAUCUGUCUUAUCUGAAUUAUUUAAAGGCUGACGACUAUACAUGAGCAUGUAACUCAAAAAAACUUACAAAAAAAUUUUUGAAAAAAAUAAAUGAAAAAAAUCAAGUUUCAACUUCAGGAAAGUCUUGUUGACAAGAUGAGAAUUUAUUUUAACCUCAGGAGAUAGUACGGAGUUCAAAUUAGUAGGACUCGGAAGGAGGAAUUGCCGACCUUUUGAAAAGUGUCUGCUGACCAACUCACCACAAAUUUUCGCAUGCCAAGUCCAAAACCCUGGAUUUUUCACCCAUUUUUUCGGUCUGAACUUUCUCCAAGAUGGCAAAAAAAGCAAUAAAAGGGCAGUAUUUAUUGGAUGCAACAACUGCGAUCGUUUCGAGCGAAUAAUCCGAUUUUAUGCAUAUUGGCCGUGUGUUUGUCCUGCUCAUGACCGACGCGGACUGAGCCGCGUUCACUCGAGCGCCGGCGCUAUUUUCCGAGCCGCAUUUACGCGUGUCGAGCCACUUGAUCUCGCCGCGCAUCUCUUAUCUUAUCUUUUCGCUCGGCAUUUUUCAUCCUCGCUCUUUUUCGAAAUAACAGCCGAUUCUUUUUUGCGUUUCAUAAAUAAGUUUUCAACCACUCUGUCUGGGGGAUCAUUUGAAAGCGAAGCCAGACGAUUGAAAUGAAAGAUAAGAAGAAGAUGAUUUUUUAAACUUUUCCUUUUUUCCAAACUUCAUGAAGAAACCGUUUUCGCUGUUUGCAUCGAUGAGAGCUUGAAAAAAAGUUUGGUCUAACCUGAAAAAUUUUUCGAUUUUAGAUACUUUUCCGUUUGUCCCUGCUACUUUUAGCUCAAAGUAAAGUUUUUGAAACUGACAAUAUAUUUUUCGAAAUUUCAAAAAAGUACAGAGAAUCAAGCAAUUCUUGAGUUAACCUUUUUUAAAUCAGAAAAACACUUCUUCUUAAAAAAAUGAAAAAAGGAAAGAGUUUUUUAUUUGCCGAGUAGAUCUAAUUUUUAAACAUAGUAAUUACACUACCGUUUUUUUGAAGCAAUAAUUUUCUUCUCAAAAAAUUCAAAUUACCCUGUGCAAUAGUUAGCACGGAACCUUGUAGAAGAAGAGUUUUUUAUCCGACUGGCGGACCGCCAACGCGUCUUUUUUUUCUGUCUUCCGCCGACUUUGGUUGCCGUUUUCGACGCACUGCUUUCUCUCCUAUAUUUGGUCGUUCCCAAAGACAUCCAUCACCUUCGCGGCUGAUAAAUCACCACUUUUUGUCGCCCCAAAACCUCGUGAAACAGCCUUUUUGUGCGUGUCACUGUGUGUUUAUCCGCUUAUCGAAAUUGAUCCGUUGAUAAGGAUGAUUAUAUGUUUUGCUACCAUUUUCGCGCGGGUUUCAACUUUUUUUUUUCUUUGACGGACAAUGAUUAUCAAGAGUUUUUAUUUCAAAAGUUAAGUUGUUUAAUCAUUUGUAUCUCUUACCUUCUGAAUCUCAUUUUCACAAUUUUCUGUGUAGUUUCUUGUUUUGUUGUUUCACGAUUGUUUUAAAUUCCUAGGUAGUCUCCCAGGACUUAUUGGAUCUAGUUUAUUUUUUUUCUCAUUCUAGAAAAAGGUCAUAGUAUUAAAGAGAGAAAUUUAGCUUAAUCAUUUAAUUUUUAAAAUUUAAUUUCAAGUUUUUCUUUUUUUGAGAGAUUUAGUAAAAACAGUUUGAUUUAGCUUCUAUUGGAAAUAUUAACUCAAAAAAAGCCAAACUUGAACAAUUAAAGUCCAAUCUCGACUUGAGCGCCACCCAGAUUUUCCUUACAAGUACGAAAUAGACUAGUAGACGUAGAAAUUAGCCGCAAUCGAUAAGGAGAACCUCCCGUUCGACCUAAUCCGGUUAACAAAUUGUUUCGGUCUCAGUCAGCCCUGAAACUGACUUUUUUGUCUUGUUUAAUUUCUCUUAAUUCACAGUUGCCGAUAGUUUUCAUGGUCUCCAAGGAAAUAAUUUAUUUUUCUUCUGUUUUUGGCUCCUGAAUUCGGAACGGCGGCACGAAAAACAGAAAUGAUGAAAAAUUUCUUUGGUUUUGGCGAAUCCCCGGAGGAAACGAGCCUGUCGCGCCUUUCACUCAAGCCUUGACCUCUGUGCCUUUUCGGGAUUUUCCUGCACUGACGGGCUUAUUCCGCUCUUUUGACUGACGUUUCGGAUCAUUUCAGUCACUGAAAUCGCGCCCCAACUUGAUUGCAGUGAGAGAAAGCAAUUAGAGUGCUUGUUCACUUCUAUUUCUGUACUUUUGUUUUUUAUUUUCUUAUUUUUAGUAGAGUACGAGAAAGAUUGGGCCAAAUUACUUGGCGAAAAGUUUGUCAAGAAAGGGUUGGGCGGCAUUAUUUUACUCUCUGACUGUAAUUUUCAUCGAAUACGCGCCUCAAAGUGCAGUUUUCAGUUUCUCGGCUCUGACUUCUGCAAUUUUAUUUCUUAAAGUAUAUUUUAUCUUUCUUCAACAUAAAACUUAAAAAAACAAAAAUGAAACAAAAAAAUGAAAAAAAGGUCACAGUAGGAAAGAAACUUCUGUGCUCUAAUAAACGGUUAUUUUUGUGAAAUCCAAAUCAAAGAGCGCAAUAAACUGUUUUCAUUUUUAAGUCUACAGAAGUUUUUUUCUUAUAAAUCAGACAGCUUCAAAGAACGGUUCAAUUGAGUUUUCAAUGAAACAUUUUAAGUUUAUCCUUGAAGCAGAUGAGCUCAGACUUACAGGUUUCGGUUUUUUUUAACCCUAGUUUUCUAUUAUCUGUCUCCUUCUUUCCACUGCUUCUAAAAAAAGUUCUCAGAAGGUUGCAUUUCAUCGCAUCUAUUUCUCGCCUUAAUGUUCUUGCGGUGAAAGGGAAGAACAGCUGAAAAUGAUGGGAAAUGAGGCCCGAAACCAUUUGAAAUGAUCGGUUUUAGUGCGCGGCGCCUUUUUGUCGCUGUGAUUUGCCCCCAAGGUCGGCUGAUAACCGUUUACCUUUUUAUUUUUGAAUUUGGGUUGCUGAAAGGUCAAGCUAAGUCUGAAGAUUUAAAGAAAGUUUCAAUAUUUUCCAAUUUUGCCAAUUUUUAUUCAUAUUUCAAGUGACUUUUCUCCUGCAGUUCAAAUUGAUCAUCUAAACGUUAAUUUCAUCUUAUUUUUUUCUUUACUUUUCUCAAACGGAUCAGUAAAAGUCAAGAUAUAUUGGAAUCAAGUUGAUUUUAUCGGAGAAAAGGGCUCAUUGAGACUAAAAAUUCUUUAGAAAGUGUGAAAGUUUCAUUUUAAGCCCUGUAACUAAUCUGAGGACUUUAGUUUAAAAUAUCUAUUGAAAUGACUGUUCAUAAAUUAAUAAUUUUUUUCACUGGGACUAUUUUUUUAAUAUUACUUCUUUGUUUUUUUAAUAACGGUUUUUUUAGGAGAUUUGCCCCUUCUUUGAGGUGUAAAAACACCAGGCCGUGGUUUUGAUAGACUGAAAAAAAUUAAGAGAAAAUCUCAUAAUGAUUAAAUAGCCCGCCUCGUAUUGGUUUUUAGCAUAAUAUUCCUUCUUCCUUCUACUUUCCUUGAUGUUUCUCUAAUGUGACAACCAAAUGGCCGCUGGUCACUGGCGCACGGUUUCCCUCAUUUCUUUUUCUUUUCUCUUUUUUUUUGUUGGUCUGUGUCCUCUUUUUGUGUCAAUUCAAGCUGCGCGGGGUGAAAUGCCGUACCAAACCGUUUGAAUCAUUCAUUCGGUCCCUUGUUUUCCCUCAAUUUUUCGAUCGCUUUUUUGAACGCUGGAAUAGGGAAACGAAUAUUUAAGGGGAUAGGCAUUAAAUUUUAUUUCUUUUUUUGUUUGCAAAUUUUCAACGCUGAGAAAGCAUUCUUUUUGAAAUUGUUCACCGAUGAAAGAAAUGAGGUUGAUAUUUUCAUGUGUUCUUUCAAAAUCUCGAAACUCCAUAAGUCGUCCUACUACUUGGACUUACUGGUCAUUCGGGCAACGAAAACCGGACGCGCUCAGGACGGCUCUGAGCAAUUCUAGGGGACACUUAAGAGUACUCGCGCGUUAUCAAGGUCCGAGAAACUAUAAAUUUAGACUUAUUGUUCUAUUAAUUAUUGCUUUCUAGGACGUUUUGAAAAUAACCUUCGGGGUAAAGGUUUUAUUAUUUCGACUCACAUCACCCUUGAAAAAUGUUUUAUUUCUUUUCAUUUUUUACCUUUUCUGCCAAGAUUAGAACUUUUACAAUAACACGAUCAAGAUUUUAUUUGAUUAGAACUGUUACAACAAAUUAAUCUAUAUUCUGUGAGUUGAUAUGUUGAAAAAUGUGCUCUUUUUCUCAAAAAUCGUUCUGCCUCAACAGCAAUGAAUUUUUUCCACUCAACUAAUUAAUAAACUUUACGAUUAUUUGAUUACCAUACUGUUAUUUGAUAUGAUGUAAAUCGUGUCGUUUCGCCAUAAACUCCGGAUGAGAGCAAGGAAAAGGAGAAGGCUGGCGUGGUCGGGGACGCGAUCGCUUCCAGAUGUUCCGCCUCGUUUUUUACCGAGACAACCUUUUUCUUCCACCGUUUUGUGCCACUCCGCAACUUUUUUCGCGCUGCAAAUCUUCUCAAAUGUUUUCUUUCCAAAGUUCGCGUGGAUGGUCCUUGUUAUUACGUCGUCGAGUUGUAUAAUAACGCCCAGAUUCAAUGAAUCGUCGAGUUGUUUUCGCCUUUCCCAUGUUUGCCGUUUCACUUUUUUUUCUCUGAUUUCAUUAUUUCCGGUCAGCUGGUUUAGGUUAAGGUUUUUUCGGUCAUUAAAAAAUUACAUGAAAAAAUACAUAGUGUGUUUGAAAAUAAUUUUGGUUUGCAGAAGAAUUUUUAAAAUUUGAUCCUUUUCGGGAUUUUGGUUUUAUUUUGCGCCCUCAACUACAGUAACUUUUUUUGGAUAUGGGGUUGAUAUUUUUGAAACUCAUAAAAAAAUUCUUCACGAUUAAAAAGACUCUGGCUUACUAUUUUUUUCUAUUAGGUUUUUCUGAAAAUUAUAUUUGAAACCAAAUUUUUUUGUUCGUUAGCUUUGGGGACAUUGAUAUUUUUGAAAUAACUACUACCUCAUUUUCUAAUUGGAUCGUUUUUUUGUCAAUCUUAUGAGUUCAUUUUUUCAAUUUAAUCUUCCUUCUCACAUAUAUUCUCAAACUAUGGUGGAAAAUAAAGGAAAAAAGUCAUAACGUCUUUUUCAUUAUUAUUUUUGCAGAGGGACAUCUCAAAAAGCGCUUCCGAACUCCACGCGGAAGACCCAUCGGUGGGACAGAAGCUCAGGUUUGUUUGAAAAUAGAAAAUUUCUAGAUUCCAAUUCAAAAACUGAAUUCUCAGUGCGGCGAACGAGGCAGAAGCCGUUCUUCGGAGAAGAAAAUCUGCCGCCGAACUUUCUGAAAUCGCCGCUCAAGAGAACCGUCAACGAAAGGACCUCGAUGAAAUCGGUAGGGGUUCGGAAAAGAUUUAGAAACAAUUUUCUGGAAGUACAAAAAAGCUGUUGGUAAUAAACAAAAGUUUUGAAAACGCUUUUGAAUUAUUUUCAUUUCAAUCUAAAAAAAAAAAAAUUACUUCACCUGCACAAAACCUCUCCUAUGGCGGAAUGAAAUCUGAUUCAAACUCAGAAAAUUCAGACGAACGACCGGUGCUGAGACGGCGCCGAUUCACGCGGAAACAGCGGAAAUCGGUGACGAUCGAGCCGGAGACCGGCCUGAUCUUGGCGGUCGGGCCUCAGUCUUCCAGCGACGAGGAGGCGCCUCUAACUCCCAGGCGUCGUUUGGGCUCGCCAAAGACUCCUGGAAGAUCGGUCAGGAAUUUUCCAUCAAAUGGUCGGGAAUAAACAGAGUUAGGAGGGAAAAAUGAAGUUAAGGUAGUUCUGAUUGAAAUUUAAUGGAAUGAAAAUUUAUUUUGAAAAAAAGCAUUCUGAUCUGAAUUUGUCUGACUUGUCUGCGUCUCAUCUCCCUCAUCGAUGCUCUUUUUUACAUGAAUUUUUUUCAUUUCUCUAUGACAGCCGGUGAAAGAUAAGAGAAAGCAGACAUGUCAGAGUGUUUUCAAUCGUGAAAAACGGCCUGUAAUUUGUUCAUUAUUUUCAUAAAAAUCAAACGAAAAUUUUAAAAAUCUUUUUUUUUUCCAUGAUGGUCCUAAAAAUAGUUUGCAGCUUGUGAGAGAUUUCAAAUUCUUUGAAAAAAUGGAAAAAUUGAUAAAUAAUCGCUGCUUAACAAUUAUUGAAAAAUAAAUAUUCAAAGUCUAGUUCUAAAAUCUGAAACUCUGUAAUUAGAAUCGUGUUUGAAAAAGAUAACAUAUUUUUCUCAAUAAAUAUAUAGUAUUUCGCCAAAAUUGUCGAUCGAUCAGAACUAAGAAUCUUUAGAUAUAGUUGACUGAAACAUGUGUUUUCUGCUCGGUUGCUUGUUCUCCAGUUUCGAAUGAACGAAAUUCGGUCUUAUCACACCCUGGCCAAUCUACUGAUAAAGCAGUUUUUUGCAUCUCGGUGCCCGCUUUUCGCAUUUUCGACGCCUUUAAUUUCGACCUACCUUUAUUUGCUGUUUCAGGCAUCGUUCCAAGAAAGAUCCAGAGGGCUCAGUGCUUCAACGACCGCCCUUGCACGGAGAGAAUCUUCGCCUCGACUCAAACCUACGACCAGAGGUUGACAUUUUCCCGCUUGAGCCAGAUCAAAAUUUAUUCUGAAGAUCAAGAGAUCAAGGGAAGAUGUGGGAAAAAUAAGUAUAAAGGACUUGAAUGAAGUUAUGAGCACUGUAAACAGCUCUUCGACGCGAUUAUUUCUAGAAAGUUCUUCAUGUUCCUUUAAGCGUCCUCGAAAAGGGUUUUGUAAUCUUUGAAGAGGGGUCGCAACUCAUAUUCUUGAUUCGCUAAGAAAUAAAAAGAACCCGCAAAAUGGCUCGAAGCGUUGAUUUUUCGUUGAAGUUUCGAGAAAGAUAUAAACGACUUGCUCUAACUCUUUGUUUUUUUCUUACCAGGGAAUGGUCUCAGCUUACAGUAGGACAUUUGACUGAGACCAAGUUUUCUAGAUUUAGUUUUUUUACGCCAUGUAUAUCGCAACUUUUGACGAAAGAUUUGAAAUCAACAUAAAAAAGUACAUCUAGAAAACAUGGUCUCAUUCAGAAGUCCCACAUGGGCAGAGCAAAUUUGUUUAGAAGCAUUUUAUCAAAUUAUCAGUCUUCAAAACGUAUUCCUACAGAUGAAUCUUGAACUGCAUGAACAUAUUUAACAUCGCCUUACAGUCUUGUAUUUCACGACAGCCGUGGAGGCUAAUGAUCCAAAUUGGGCAUCAUUCUCAGACUGUGAAACGAGGAAAACAGCCCACACAAUAGCCAUUUUCACGAUUUUUGCCUUGCCGAGAAAAAAAAACACGCCUGAUUUACAUUCUCACACACAUUUUGUUUGUACGUGGACAUAUUCUAUUUCUUUGUCUUUGAUCGAUAAAAAAUGAGAGAAAGGAAGUUCUGGAGGCAAAGAUAUGGCCCAUUACGUUUUAAGGUUUUUUCAUACUUUUAAAAUUAUAAGCUUAAAUUUCCGAGGUACUUUUUUUUUGAAAUUUUGCUCUCGAAGUUAGUUUUUCUCUUUUUGCGAUGAAAGACGAUUCCCGACGAUAAAUCUGCAUAAAAAAACCACGGCGCGGUUGGUAUAGCAACAGUUUUGCCUCUUCGCAUUUUCAAAAUAUGAACUUGAUUCGACCCCAAUUUUAAUAAUUGUUUUUUUCGAAGUUUGCAUUCAUUGUUCAUUUUUGAAUGACCAGAAAUGUAUCUCAGGGCCAGCCGCCCGGAGAGCGAGCCGUUUAUUGCGGAGUCAACAGCAGAACGCGGCAUCCACCAGUCAUCUCAACAUGUUGGACGAAAAUGGAUUACGGUGAGUUUUCUGAAAGGAAUUUAGUGAGGGAAAAAGUGAAGAUUUCCUUCAUUUAACAGGACGAAGAACACUUUGGUAAGAUUUCAAACUUGAAAAAAUGUUUUUCCCGACGAAACUGCGCCUGAAGUUCCUAGAGUCAUUUGAUGAGUUUCAAGCUUAAAUCGAUUUUCGAUUGAAUGUAAAUUUGCCGAAUCAUCAUUCAAAUAUCUUGAUAAGAGGGAAAUUCUUUCUAUUUUUCAGGAUUUCAGAACAUCUUUGACGCACCACUUAUAAAAUGAAAAGAAAAAAUUGAUACCGCAGAGAAAAAACUUUUUUUAACCGAAACGAACCAAAGAUCUUCCAUUAACUUGAAAAAAAAAGUGUGUACAAUCAUACUUUAUAAAUUUCACGUUUUUCGAAAGAAAACUCUUGAAACUUCUAAUUUCAGCGACCAAGGCCGUUCAUUGAGUGUGCGAGAUCUGAACGGGGAAAAUAUCGACUUUACGAAUCGAGACUCCGUUUCAAAGUAACUUGUAAAAAGUUAUCAUCGAAUCAUUUUCUGUCCAUUUUUCAGAUGGACUUCACAAAUUCUCGCUGAACUCGAAUCUUUGCCUUCGAGCCGCGUGGACUUGACCCUGCAGUCGGAAUUGGAAAAUGAAGGAGCGAAUUUAUUUUCAAAGGUUGUUUCUUGAAUAUCAAAGAUGAAAAUGGGGAGGGGGAAUUCAAAUAUUAGAAAAAAAAAUUUUUGCGAAAUUAUUUCUAACCAUUAGAUUGUCAUGAAACAUGUCACAAGUGAUUGCACAUGUUUGAAAAAAUCACAUAUUCUUCUGUUUUUUUCGAGAUCAAUUGAUUGAUAAACUCGAUUAUCUUUCCGAAUUUAUAUUCUUUUUGAAGCUUAGAGAUAAGGGUGAAAAGCUUGAAGGCACAGGGUUACGAGGUGAAUUUUUUUAAUUCUUGUGAAAAUUUCCUAUCAGCUACACCUCGUUAUUCAAACAUUCAUUUUCCAACUUUUUGAACACUUCAUCUCAACGAUCAUUCUCUUCAGCAACUGAAAAAGACGCCGUCUCCGGUGAGCCAUCGCCAAAGUCUGCACAUUCCGCCGCCGAGCACCCGGAUGACGUCAUCCCUUUUCGAGCCGUCGGAGCUCGUCGAGUCGACGACGUCACUCCCGUGGGCCGUCGGGAUGUCGACCUCGGCGAUCAACCUCAACUCGAAUCAUCUCUUCACGACUUCUGCCUUCGACCUGGAGGCUGGACGGGAGCGAGAGGUUACUUCACUGUUUCACUAGAAGUUUAUUAGAUUGGCCCGUUCGAGUUAACGGUUCCAAUAAAUAUACGUUUUCUGGAAAAUUCGGUCGGGUCGGUUUUUAUGAAACGGCGUAUAUCCAAUGAAUGACUAUUUUGGAUUUUUUUUUAGUUCAAAUUUGUUCACGUCUCCAAAACGCUAUGAAUUCUUGAUUAAAGUUACUUUGAAAUUUUGAAAAUCAAGAGAGAGAUUUUCGUGUUUUUUGGAAGACACUUAGGUCGAGCUUUUUUAUUUGAUGAUAGAAUUCGAAACUGUGCAUAUUAUCGAGAAAUAUGCACUUCUGAACUGUAUUCACCUUGAAAAUGUCCGAAAAUAUUUUCAAAAUCAAAAAAAUUCAAAAAAUCGGCUACUAUAAAAAACAACAGAACUGACCGAGUUUUCCAGCAUGUCUUGAAUUUAUCUUCCUAUAAUUAUGAUCAGACUAUAAGAAAGCAACCCUUUCUCCAGUGCCAUCUAAUUAAAGUCAGAACUGCCUCCUGAGAUUGAAACUUCUUUUUGUCUGGGAACGACACCUUUUAAAGCAUUGUUUUUGUAACUUUUUGUAAGUCAUUUUCUCAUUUUUCUCUGAAUUGCAGCUUUAAUUGAUGAAGACCAACCAAAUGAAUCGUCUGUCUCAGGACUCACUGAAUGCCCCCACCUUGGUCGGUUCUCCCACAGACUCUGAAGGCGGCGGCACUCCGAUCUGUCUCAGUCCGACCACCGUCGGCCCAGAAACAACUCCGCUUGAGUUUGAAGCCACUUGUUUGGCGAAAUUGAAGGUUUCUUUGUUCAAUAGCUUUGCUGUCGAAUUUAAAAAUGGCUAGGAAUAAAGUGUUUUGAGGGAAGAAGUAAAAUUUCGUUCGAUUCUAUUCUAAAAAAUCAAGGUUCAAAUCAUGAAAUGGCCAGCGAAUUUUACUGAUUGAAAAGGAACUUUGAUGCGAAGUAAACUGAUUCGAACUUUAUAAUAGUAGUGAUUGUAUUCACUGCAUGCGACAAAAAAUAAGUAGUAAAAUAAUACAAGAAAAAAGUGCAGGUUAAUUUUUGUUUAAAUCGGUGAAAAAAAAAUGUAAAAAUCGCAAGUUUCCAAAAUUGUUUUUGCAGGAACGUGAAGCCAGAGCACAGCGACACUCACUGCCGCCAGAGUCUUCUUCGCCGUUUUCCUUCCUCAGAAGAACUCCGACGGAACCGAUCCAACCGCCCAAGGAGAAUGCGCCGCCCAUUCCGGCUAAAAGGACCCGUUUCUUGCCCAAAACUGUUCCGGAUCUCGUCAAUGGCCAGUCUAAAGGUAGUUUAGACUUGAUAACGAUAUAACGAGAAAAAAUGAAGUGAAUUUAGUAAAAUUCCUUUUGACUGCAAUAAUGUUGCGUGGAAAACAAAAUAAUUGACUUUGAUGAAAAGCGCUCAAAAAACUUCAACUCACUGUAUCUUGAUUUGCUUUUAUACCUUUAUUUUUGCGAUUUUUCGAUCUAUGCCGCAAUUUUUUUUUGGCUAUUCACAAAUUUAACGAUAAGAAGAAAGGAUUUCACAACCAAUACGUUUUUGAAAAUGUUUUAAUGAAACCUUCUCGGAAUUAGUGAAAUUAAUGUUUGAAAUUGGAAAGAUGAUCGAGGCAAAACUUUAUAACUAAGUUCAGAGAAAAUAGAACUUCGUUCAUUGAGAUUUGAAAUUAUUUCGAUGGCUUGAGCCGAUUUUGGACUCUAAUGGGCGUGGCCUGUCUGCGCUCUCCUCGAACCAGACGCUAUCUUCUUUUUUUAAAAUCGUGUCAGGAUCCUUUUUCUGAACUUGUGAAAGAGCGUGAAUCAUCUAUACUGUUAGAGUCUUAUUUUUAUUCCUUAAGAUUUUUUCAGAGUCAACUGGUCAAGCACCAAAUCCAGCCAAAGGUGCUUUUGAAACGGUCAAAAUGAGACACGAAGAAGUUCUGAGCGAAUCCGAACGACGACUUCAGAAUUCCAUCGCCAGAAUGUCGCAGUCUGUCUAUGGAGAUUUUCGAGAAUCUAAGGUUCUUAUAUUUUGGAGAAAUUUUCAAAAAUAAAUUUAGGAUUCGCCGAGACUCUCGAUUCCGGUGAUCAAAACGACAGAUUGGAGCUCUCAGAAGCAACUCGACGUCAUCGGAGAAGACGACGACGCGCUGACCGUCUGGAAAAAGAGAGUACGCCUUCUUUCCUUUUCAUCGAAUUUUCUACUUUGUGGAAUUUUUAAAUAAAAAUGGAAUUCAAUCAUGCUGAUUGAAAAGUAUACAUGGGCAAACCCUUUUUCAAAUGCCAACCCUUUUCUCAUUAAAUUAUUAAUAUCUCCUGAAGCAUUUCAAUUUUUUUCUAGUCAACGCCCUGUGUUUGUUGAAAAUUUUCUUUUUACUUUUUUUUUCAAAGUUUUUUUUAAGUCAAUUCCUUCUCCCGAACUUAGUAAGUUGAUUCACUGGCCCACGUAUGGAUAUAUGAUGAUUCAAGCCGAACGCUUAAUUUUGCGUUGCGUUCCAUUGUUUUUUUUCCCCCUAGAGAAGGUCACUUCGUCUUUUGUUCUUCAUUUUUUUAUCCAUGAGGUAUCUUUGAGCUUUUUUGAGGCGUUUGAUAAUCUCUGGGGACUUGGCAGCUCAUUUUUUUCAACCUCUAAAUCGGAAUCUCUUCAGAUUUUGAUUCCUUCUUUUGUUGGCAUCUUUUCGAAUACACAGAAAAAAACUGAUGAAGUUAGAAGUUUAGGCUUAAAAAAAUUCCUAAAAAAAAUGUAAUCGGACUAAAUUUGAUUACUAAAUUUUUUUCUUUCCUCCCUCAAUCUCGAAUGAAAGAAGCUAUGAAUGAAAUGAAAAAAACGAUUUGAAAUGCCGCCACGGGUUGUCAAUCCACAAAAAAAAUCAACCAUAUAUUUCGACAUGACUAGUUUCAGAAGUUGAAAUAAACUUUGCUUGAAAUUUGAUCAAUGGACGUUUUUUUAAAGAAAAAUCGGCUACUUUUCCACAAAAUUAAAACCAUAAACUCAAUUCCGAACGUCAUCUAAAACCUUAUGAAUAAAAAAUAACCUUUUUAAAUAAAGUUCGAUCGAAAAUUUGACUGUAUUCAAACCAAAACGGACCAUUCCGAAGGAAAUCUGCUGACCGCAAGGCGCAAUUUAACCCGGUUAACGGACCAUUUGUUUCGACCGUCAAAACGGGGAGAACUUCUCAAAAACGACAAAACAGCCGUCUGUUUUAUGUGGAUUCCGCGCCGAAUUCGGUCGAGAGAGCGUGCUGAUCGGAGAGAGCCCAGACACGGAUCCUUACAAUCUGCGCGUGCCAUCAUUCUUCCUCUUGUGCCUUUUUACCACUACUAGUCCUCGAUCGCCAAGUUUUUCUUGCGCUCCAUUGAUAAUCUUUCAUUUUGACUUAUCUGAUUGUCUCCUUUUUUUAUAUUUUUGAGAAAAGCAGGUAAAGCCGCUAAAGGUAUACUUCCUAAUUUUGCGCAAUUCAUAAUCUUCGGUGCCUUAUUAAAUUUCUUUGAUGAAUCGUAGAGAUUAUUCAGUUGAAGAAUGAUUUCCAUUCACAACUUUUCGCAUAAAGCUCAUUGAAUGAGAUUUUUUUUUUGAAUUUGUACAAUUGCUAAAAUAUGAUCUGGAAUAAUGAUUUUCAGCUUUGAUUUCUUCCAAAGUUAAUUCACGAUUUUUGCAAGGAAGCUUUUUCAGAGUUUUUGGGCCUUAAUACUUUCAUGAAAAUCGUCUAUUCUCUUUCAAAUACCCAAAAAAAGGUUUUUUGAAAAGGCUAAACCUCCCCAUAACUCGAGUCAAGAAGGAGAAGAUGAUUAUUUUGGAGUUUUUGAAGCGAGUUACUCCUUUUUCAAUUGGAAAAAAGGAAAAAUAGUCUUCUAAAUGAGUAUUUCAAUAUUGCUUGGUCCUCCUGGCCCACAACAAAAAUGGAGCUUUUGUGGAUGGAGUGACCUUGAAAAGAGGAUGGUAAGAGGGUUAAUUCCUCUUCGGCCAUUGUGUCCUGACCGCAGCAGAUUCCCUCUCCAUUGUACCUUCAAGUGUCAUGUCUCUUUUGUCCUUUUUUAUUCAGCAGUAUACUUUUUCUCGUCUCCAAACUCAUUUUUGCAAUAGCUAAUCCAGCUGAAAGUCGUGUGGGAAUUUCAACAUUUCCCGCCUUGUUUCAACUCGUUCUUACUUUUUUCCAAAAAAUUUUUCUCGUCGCUCCCUUGCAGCAGAUAUUUAGAAGAUUUCAUUUUUACAUCGUCUUUUUUUUUUUAGUUCUUAGCUACAAUUCGUAUUUUUAGACAGACUUGGAAGCCCAUUGAAAAACGAAAAACAAAAGAAUGAAGCUACAUGUGAGAAAAUGGAAAAGAGAGCUUCCGAAUCAUUAUUUAUUCAUUAAGCAAGGACAAUUCAGAAAUCUAUGGCGAAUUUCAGUCGAAAAAAGAGCUGUAGUAGGCUGGAACUAGUGUGCUCUAUUGUGAAUUUCGAUAAAAAUGGAAAUAAUGAAAAAUAUUCAAUUCUCUGAUACUAGAAAGUUACCUACUUCAUUCACUUGAAACAGUCUGGUUUCUCUGUACCCUCUUAUCUCUCACCAAAAUUCUUUGACUCACACGCUAAAACUUUAACGCCUGUGUGAGAGAGAAGAGGGCGCAGACAGCUCAGAUUUUUUGCUCCAUUCUGAGGAAAUUGUAGUUUUUUUUUUUCAUGUUUCGCCAUAGUACUCCCUCGCGGCUAUUUUCCCACCUUCUAUUUUGUCAUACGGCCAUCAAAAGAUUGGGAGGAAAGAAUCGAAGUUGCAUGGAAUGAAUGCGGAGAUCUCGGAUGACGGAGCCGAGUUGUGCUGCCGGAUUAGCCAUUCAUAGGUGUCUCGUGUCACACUCGUCGCUCCAAAAAAGGAGCAGAAAAAACCGCUUUCUUCGUAUUUCUCCACCCGAUUUUGGAUCUUUUUGCUCUUCUCAAAAUACGCGUUUUUUCGAGUAAAAAGUGCCUUUUAAAUUGAUUUUCAAAGAUAAAAUGUAGAGCCCUUUUUCCAGCUUCAACUUUUUCUUUAUUGAUUUCCAGCCAUUCUUGGAUAUCUUUCUCUUCUCUAAAUCCGAGUUUUUUGGGUGAAGAUUGAUUUUUGAAGUGAUUCUUGAGGAGAACCAAUACAGCCUUGCUUCAAGCUGCAACGCUUUUUUCAUAUUUCUCCAACCAAUUUUGGACCUUUUUGCUCUUUUUUGAUUGCGUGCUUUUUCUGUGAAAAUUAAUCUGUGAAUUGAAUCUCAAGAAAAAAAAAAAAAAAAGAAAAAAGGCUUUAGCUGUUUUCUUGUGAAAAAAAAAGUAAUUUUGAAUUUUUUUUUUUCAAAUUUGUGGCUCUUACAGCCGCGUUCCAUCAAGAAUUCGUUCGAAAUCUGUAGAAUCUCUUUUCUCUUUGUUCCGGAGGGCUUGUGACUUGAAAACAUUCGCACAUGAAAAGCGACUUUAUUGAUAAAAUUUUGACGUCUCAUGCAUAUUUCCCAAAUAUUCCAACCGAUUCCGAAGGUUUAUUACUUUUUCCGGACUAAUUAUGGACGUUAUGAGCCCUCGAAAUGGGAUAUGCGAAUGGCAGGCCAUUGAGACCUUUGACCACCAAGGCUUCAGUCGAGUUCCUCUUCAACGUCCAAUUCCUUUUCUCUUGGCAAUUUAUCCCUCAGUCAAGGUGGAAUAUCUCACUUGCAGAGUUCAUCUUUGCCCUCAAAACCUUCAAUUUUUGAUCUGAAGGUCCGUUUUGUGCAUAUAUUUCGAUUAAUUAUAGGCUAUCAUUGCUCAUAAUUACGCUCAAUCGAACAUUCCAGUCAUGUAUCUUAUUCUAUGAAGAUUCACUCGAGAGAAAUAAACCAAUACUUUUCUAGAAGUCGAAGAUUUUUUUUUGUUAAAAAUGCAAAAUUUUUUUUAAACUCCGUUUGACACGACUCAGAUAUGUCUGUGCUCUCUUUUCCCUCAUAGAUAUGGUCAUAGAAACAAGGAAAUAACGCGCAAAGGCGAGAGGGUUCUCGAGAAAAAUAGAGCCCAAGUAAGAGCAGGGCGUUCAAAGAUGUGCCGAAUGACUUACAGAACCACCACUUUUUGAAAGAAAUGUUUAACAGAAGCUGUCAUUUUCCGAGAACAAUGUUUCAGGAAAACUUUAAGAACAUCGAAGUUCAGUAAUUGCCAAUAGGGGACUGCUUUUUGUUCUAUAAACCUCCAAUUUUUGAUCAAAGCUAGGUUUACUCAUUUGUAUUCAACCCGAUUCCAGGAUACCAUAGGUCAUAAUUAUGCUUAAUUGAAUAAUUCACCCGCACACGCACACAAUCUCGCGCAAAUCCCUGCGAGAAAAGAUUUAAACUAAUUUCUGGCGAGUUAUCUCAAUUAAGUACAAAUCCGAGGAGAAUUGUGCGACCCGCGUUCGCUUCACUUUUGAAAGUGACAGACAAAAUUGCGUUUUAGGGUCCUUAAUCGGAAAAAGUUGUUUUCCGUGUGCCUCGGUUGUUGUUCCUCAUUUGAUAGCUUAUCAUUUGGCGGCCCGUUCUGAUUCUUAUCGUCCAAAUAAUACUAUUAGCCGACUGAAGUAUCAACUUUGAUCAAGUUUCAUAUCGAAGUUUGCCUUUUUUUAAUUUGUAAAAAAUUUUGAUUUUUUUUGAGAAAAGAGAUUGAUUCAUAUUUUCGAGAAAAGAAAAGUUGUUUCAAAAACUCGCAAUAAUGUUUACCUUGACGAUUUGUGGCGUUUUUGGCCAGGAGAAUCGUACAAACAUUGGUUCAGCUUUAUUUUCUUAUCGCUCAAGAUUUUUUUUUCGAGUUUUUCUAGUUUUAAACUUCAGUUAAGGAUCAUUUUUUUCAGCAGGAACGUCUCAUUUCAUAUUCAAAAAAAAAAUGUAGUUGACCUCGAAAUUUUGGAAUUCAACUCAAAUUUUCUGGAAGAUGUUAAGAUGUGCUUGAUAAAGGUUUCGAAAAUUUCAACCUGCGCAAUUUCGGCGAAUGGUUCUUUAAAAAAUCCUUUUUCUGGACACAGUUCAAGAAUAUAGAACCUAGAAGCAGUACUUCUUGAUACUUGGAAAUAUUUCGACCUUUCAGUAAAAAGUUUUUGUUUUCAGUCAUCUAAAAAUUUUUGAAUUCUUUAUUUUUUAUCUAUCCUCUCUCGCUUAUCAGUUGAAGAACAAGACAAGAUGUUGCUACCUUAAACAGUGGUCAAGUGUUUUGAAAUUGGCACCUUUGAGUCAUUUACAGCGUCGUUAAUCUUGUUCCAGUUGAAAACUUGUUGGAAUGAGUGAAUCAUUUCGAAACGGUAGAAAAAUGUGUGUUUUCUUCGGUUGAAGAAUGAGAAUCGGAAACCUUUGAGGGAGAAGAAUUAGUCACUGCUAACGCACUUUCGGACGUCUUUUUUUGCGCGGCGCCGAUGGACAUUCAUCAUUGGUCAUUCGGUUUCCGUCCUUUGAAGUAAAAAGUUAUUUUUUUCGGUUCUCCAGUUCGUUUUUUUCACAAUUAUUCAUGGAUUUAGUAAAUUGGAAAGUAAGCUAGAAAGUUUUUACAUCUUCUGUGAAAAAAAGAUAUCUAUGAUUGUUGAUUUUUUUGGAUUUUUUUCAGCAAGAAAAAGAAAUAUUUGAGUUUGAUCCAAAUAGGAGAAACUGGCUUUGUGUUUCCAGGUUUGGUAGGAGAGCUUGAAAUAUUGAGAAAAAUUUUUGACGGCUCCCGGAAUUUUUUUCUUUUUUUCUUGGGGAAAAUAAAUAGUUAUGAGUAUUAAAUUAAAUUCCCUUCUAAUAUUUUUUUAAAGUAUUUUUUUGUCUAGUUUUUUUGCGCAGUCUUAUCUACCGUGUAUCGACGUCUGAAAAAGGGCUUCGAAAAUCUUGAUUUCAGCCAAAUUUUACCGAGAAAGGACAAGAGGUGUAAAUACUUCUCCCUAUUUCUUCAAAAUAAUUGAUUUUCUCGAUAAUUCACACUAUUUCUGAAGUCACCUAGGCCAGUCUUGACUGUGUUCUACAGCCACCGACCUUUGGUUUUGCCAAACGAAGGCUAAAGUGCCGUUCCAUUCCUAAACAACGGCCAGCUUCUACGCUAAAAGCGUUCAACUGGUCGCUCCGCCCCCCAGAUGUGCACUUUGUUCCGCUCUUCCCGUUUCGGCUCGCCUAAACAUUCAAUCUUAUUUAUUGGCUGUCGGAAGAUUACUGUUUCUCAGCGAGAGACAUUAAAAUAUUAUUAUUGAAAACAAUGCCGUUAACGCGUCAAAACGAAUGAAAAUUCUGUUGAAAAUAUUUAUAAAAAUAAAAUAUUUUCACUUUAAAAAGAACGUUUUUUUACUUGUGCAAGCUUUUUCAAUCCUUCAAUUUAUAUCAAAUUUGGAAAAAUCUUAAAUUCAUUCUAAUAAAUUCUUUUCAAAAACUCCUCGUUUCUCACUUUACUACGUAAAGUUCAUCGCAAGGUUUUUCGUUUACAAUCUGUAAACAUUUUUUUUUUCUUUUCAAUAUUUCAGGUUCAAGUGGAGUUUCGAAAAAAAAAGAAUAUGUUCAAGUGCCCUAAUCGCUAUUUUUUAUCGUUUAGGUACCUCCAUUCCUUGAAAUUCUCCUUUUUUUUCUGUUUGGAUAGUAUUGAAUUGUAUUUGAGAUUUUUAUCAUUCAUGCGUUUGUUUGCGAUGAAAACGUUUUAUUCUCAGAUCCCAAUAUUUGUAUAUUUUUCUUCUUUUUCAUGUUAAUUUUUUUUACAGGCAAAAAUGAGAACAUUUGAUGCUUUUUUUGAAAAUCUCUGUGGGAUUAACUAGAUAAAACACGAAAAAUUUUAGGAAUUUUGAGCCAAACAGUGUUUUCAUUUUGAGUUCAAUGAGUAAUUUCCUUACAAGUUUUUUUCCAAAAAGAAAUACAAGGAGAGGAUUUUUCACCUUGAAACUUUGAAAAAGAAUAAACCGAUGCUUUUUUAAAGUCCUCUGGAAGUUUUUGAAUAUACCUGAACCGCUUCAGGAAGAAUCGCAUUUUAAAAAAAGAACCACUUUUUGAAUUUAAUUCAGAGGAUUUUUUCUAGAACUACCCAAUACGAUAUGUUUGCUCUAGAAAUCUAUCAAUCAUGUCGUGUUUGCCGGGAAGAAAGUCGUUUUUAAAGGUUUUGCUAAAGAUCCUCGGCCCUGAAGUGGGCAAUUCACUUCCCACGGAAUGCUCAUACACACUCGCACACACUUGGCGUACGCGAGAACAAAUAUUUCUCGAAUAUCUGUGGGCUUUUUGCACAACGAGCGGCUCCAUCUCAUGGCGGUUAUGACCUAUCGAGCACAUUUCCGCUCUAGUGCCCGGGAACCGCCCACCUUGCUUUCCUGGACCUUUUUUCUCGAGGAGUUGUUGCGAUACACGGAUGUAGGUAAAAUGAGCAGCCGAAAAUAAAUUAUUUCACAAGAAAGCCGCUUUUUAGAUUGUUUUGAGAUGUAAAAAGACGGUCUCACAGAAGAAUUCUUUUAAAAAAAAUGAAGGAGAACUUUCCAGGUUUUUGUAAUCAACUCUAUAUUUAAUCAGUAGCAAAUGUAUACAAAGGGUUUUUUUGAGAAAAUAAAAGUUUUAUUUUCAUGUUUUUAUUUUAUGCCCCCCCCCCUAUAAUUAAAAAAAAACCCAGAAAUUCAUUAAAAAUUAGCUUUAAGAGCAUUUUUUGGAAAUUAGUCUGCUCCAUGGACAAUUUCAUGAUUUUUUAAUUUCUGCCCUUUUUUUACUUAAUUUUUCUCGCCGCCUUUCUUGUUUUUUUUUCUUUUUCAAAUGGCGCCGUCGGAGUUUUUUGUGCGUGAGAAAGCCCUUUGAACCUAUAAACGGAGUAUUUUUCCAUGCAAAGAGCUCUCAAAGCGAAAAAGAAAGGUUUUUAUUUUCGAACCCUAUACGAAUCAUUAAGUGAGUGAUUUUUUUUUUGUUUUGUUUUUAUGGUUGAAAGCAAUUGCUGGGUUUUUGUUUGAAAGGUUAGUUCUAUCGAUAAAAUACGAUGAAAAUGAGAGCAAUAAUGUGAGAAGUUGCCCCACUCUGGCGAUUCACUAGAAGAUCAAACAAAUUAUUUUUGUAAUUUCGGUGUUAGAUCAUUUAUUUUCUGUGGUUUUUUUAUUCUUUCUGAAUUCUUUAAAUUUUUUAAGAUUCCUUCAAAUGAAUAUGAUUCAAAAAAAGUUAGUUUUUUCUGAUUUUUUUCAAAAAAAGAUGAAAUCUAGUUUUUUUACUAGCCUAUCCAUUUUUAGUUAAUUCAUUACUGUCUUUAGAUUUCGAUAUUGCAAUUUUCAAACGUUCAACCAAAAAGCAGAGCUUUGAUAUUUCUGCGAUGAUCUCCCUCUAUGUACGCGUUGAAUGGAGUAUAAUUUUGCUGUAAAAAAAAGGAAAAAGUCAAAAACUGUUCACGGGAUCGCAAUCAAGUUUCCGACAAAGAGUUUUGUGUAGAGAAAGAAUUAGAAGCGUGGAAAAGAAAUAAUGUGAAAAUAUUCAAAUGACGCCGAACGCUAUUCCAACUUUUUCCCACUCACAAUGGCCUUCCCUAUUUGGAGGAGAUUUGCAUUUCUUCUACCUUUUCCUCUGCUUUCCUUCCUUUCUGAAGCGCUUCGAGAGAUUUAUUGCAUUUUCGACGGGGAAUGGUGUGGCGCGAAAUGGGUAAUAAUUAUUGACACACACCCAAAAGCGAUCGAUUAGGCGAGGUUCUUAUCAGUCAAUCAGUCGGUCUGUGGAAUGCCUUUUGCAAACUUGGAAUGAAUGAAUGGAGAAGAGGAGAAGUUGGACAAAUAGGGGAACUUGGAAAAAGGGGCGGAGUCGUCUGUCUUCCCUGUGCUUCCUGAUUUUUUGAUGAGCGGUUAGAGUUUUUGGAAGAGUGGCUGGAGUUUCAUUUUUUCUUUCUUUUGCUUUUAAUUUGAAAUUUUAGAGGGUUUUAAAUUUUUCAUAAUUCCUUCCGAAGGAUCUCAAAGCUUCGAAUUGAUAUUCAGAUUUAUUUUCGCUUAUUUUGGAUGGAAAAAAAUCCAGUUCGUUUUUUUCUAGAUAUAACGACACUUUCAAACAGUUUUUUUGAAUUUCCAGUCUUCCAAAAAGUAACGAAUCCUGAUCAAUUUUUUUAUUUGCAGGUGAUUUGAAAUAAAGCGGCUUUUUUUAUAAAUUGAAUUUAGAACAGAUAUUUUGAAUCAGAUUUCAAACCAUUUUCUUCAGUUUUCCGAGUUUUUUUUCGAUGGUAGACCAUUUUGAUUUUCGUUUGAAAUGGGAACUUCCAGAACGUUUUCAAAUUCCCCCAUGUUGUUCUUCAUACAGCACAGCUUUACAAAACUACAAAGCUUAAUUAAUAUUUUAAUUUUGAAAAUUUUCGCCUAUCGUGUGAGGAUGAAACCGGGAUGUAAUGUUCAAAACCAGCUGGAUCGGUUGAAAAAUAAGUAUAAUUUCAGACUUUCCAUUUUUUUGUGGACUUUCCUUGCCCUGUUUGAUACAUAAUUACUAGUUCUCGCCUGAUCUACUUUCCAUGUUGAGAAGUCGUUUUAUGGAACUAGCUGACAAGGCCUGUGGUCAGCGUAAUUGGCGGUGUCGUUUUUUCUAUUUUGGAGAAAUGUUUGGGGUUGGGUCGGCGGCCCGUUUUACGACAAAAUUACACGGUGCGAAACCAUCAGCCUGCCUAUUUUUUUUCUCCGUUUCACUUCUUUCCUCGCUCCAUUGUCUUUUAAUUAUUAUGGUUUUCAACUUGAUCCAGAAAAUCAAGAUUUUUUUUUUGAAACUAUCAGUGUUCAUCAAAAACAGUAUCUUUUUCCAUUGGGUCUGAACGUAUAUUGGACGUCAUUCUUGGCUUUUCCUUCUCGGAAUCGACUUCUUCUUCUUUAAAGGGAAGAAUUUAAUUCCAAACGAAGAUUCCCGUCUAUUUGGAUGAAUUCUCGGGGCAUCCUGCUCCCUUUCGAACGCUUUUUUGUCUCCUGAAAACGUUCUGAACUUGCAUCUUUUUUUUGUUUCUGCAUGGAUGGGUCAUUCUCCCUGAAGAUCCAAUAUUUCCUGUUUCCCCUUUUUUUUCCAAUUUUCUGGAAAAGUGUGCUGCAAGUUUUAUUUUAUGUUCGAAUUCCUGUAUUUUCUGUUCCUCUUUAAAAGUCAAAUUUUUAGGAAUAAGACAGUCCUGUUCAAAUUCGUGAAACGAGCAUACAAUGUGAUUUUCUAAAAAUUUAUUUUGAUUUAGUAAAAUUUUGGUAACUUCGUUUUCGAUGACUUUAUUCUCGUCGAUUUUUUUCAUUGUUUUGUGAAUAAAUAGCACACACUUUUUUGAUCGCCUCUUUAAUUUAUAAACCUCUCUCGUGCGUUCGUUUUGCCACAAAUCAACUCAGAAUAGAAGAAAAAAAAAUACUGUCUGGAAAACUUGAAUCGGAACAUAAAUGAGUUGCUCCUUUUUUGUAAUAUUUUGUUGAAUUUUUUUUUUUAGUUUUCUGGAAAGUUUUAUCAUUUUCGAAAACGACAUAAAGGACUAUUACUUCCGAUAUCUGAAUUUAUUCAGUUUUUUCAUUGCAGGCAGAAGGUCGAGCCAAGAAAGAGCCUCAGCAGCGGAGCUCGGCGAGCAUGGCGACGUCGAGUCCAUCGCUGACGUCAUCGACGGAGGAGAAGCCGAGUGUGAAUCGCGUCGUCGCCGCCUUGAUCCGCACCAUCGAGGACACCCGCUUCUCUGCCGCGGAUAGACCCACCGACUUGCCUCUCAGCGCCAGUUGCUUCCGGAAUGACCUGUCUCCUCAGGUUGAUUUUCCUUUUCUCGCAAUGUUGGAAUGUAGGGUGAGGACCUGAAAGUUCAACUUUUGUCUAAUUUUGAAGAAAAGUCGGAUGAAACUCUUCUCUUAGAGCUUUUGAGCAAAAACCUAGCCCGACAAAUUCAAAGGCUUCCAUGAACGGAUAAAGCUAUAGAAAUAAAAAAAGAGAAAAAUUUUUCAGAAACGUGAAAAAAAUAAUCUAAAGCAAAAAAAUGAGGGAGUAUUUAGAAAUAAAUUUGAAGUCUCUGUCGUUUACGUUACUUUUUUUCGGAGAAAUUCAAAUAUUUUUUUAUCCCAAUUCCAGUUUUUUUCGAUUCGUUUUAUCUCCUAAAAUUUUUCAAUUUUUUUAAAGUUGGUGGUUUAUAGAAAAAAAGCUCCUUAAAUGACUUAAUUUUUUUAAAACUCAUUAAAAAAAUCCCCGUAGACGUUUCGAAUUUCUGGAAAAUCAAUUUUUUUUUUCGAAAUCGAGCAUCAGACAACUUCUUUUCGUUUGCUGGAACUUUGAAGUUUCCAAACUUUUUUCUGCAUACUUCAGCGAACAACCAUCUUAAGUGGGAUGUUUCACAAAGUUUUCGAAAAAUUCUCAAAAGACGUCAUCAGCCACCAGAUGUCGGUUCUAUACAGCGGAUUUAUCGUUUUUUGAAUUGAGUCCGGCGUUGCCCAACCCGAAGGAUGUAGUUUCUGUUUCAUAACGUCUAUUUUUAGUUGGUGUUUUUCAGGACGCCGGCACUCAAACGACGCCUUUUUCCAUUUCGAGAUCUUCUUCCUUCGAUUGGAUCAACGAACCUUCGGAGGGAGCUCUGCGCGACAUCAAGACUCCAAUCAGCACGCCGAGGUUCAUUUUAGAACUCUACAAUUUUUUCUUUUAAGGGCUUGAGAAAAUUGAAGUUCAAUUUUACGCAGAUUGGAUCAAAAGUCAAGGAAAAAUGGUCAUUACCUUUAAAAAAAAAAGCCCCUAUUCGCUUUUUUGCGCUUGCAAGUCGUGUCUUAAAAGGGUGGAACAGCUUGCAAAUUCGCUUUUUGAGGUGAUUAAAAAAGCAAAAAUCGACUUAGGACAGAGUUUAGUUAGGUAAAUUCAAUAUUAAGCUUUUUUUCUUAUGAAAAUUCGAAAAGUUUUUGGUCUUUUUGCUUCUAAAAACUUCUACCAAAAGUGUUCUAUUAAAUAUUUUUACGUGCUUUAAAAAAAUAAAUCUUUAAUUUAACUGUCUGUUUCAGAUCGGACGGCGGCUUCCGACCGUUGUCGCUGAAGUUGGAAUCGUCGUCGGAAACGGACGACGCCGACCGGGAAGUCGCCCAGAUCGCAGACAAAUCUGAGAGGAAGCAACGCGACAACCUCAAGUGCGCUCUAUUGAGAAUCUCUUCGAUUAAUUCCAUUUUUCCAGCCUCUACCAGCAAAUGGACGAAGGAAUCGCAUUGCUUUUGGAAUAUGGAGAGCCCAGCGCCGUUCAGAUGCAGAAAGAGCUCGAAAAAUACGUGAGUUUCUUGAAAUAUAUGAGUUGUUAGGUUAUUUGGAAAUUUUUGGAAUUUUUAGAGAAGCUAGAAGUUGGAAAGACAGAAUUAAAAUUAAUAAAAAAGAUGUCUUAAAAUCCAAGAACUUUGCUCAAGAAAAUCGGUUGAGAAGAUAUUGCGAAAAAAAUUUUUUUUUCAAUUUUAGCCAUUAUUCUGAGAAAAAAAGCUUGAAAUACGAAUAUUUUUGACCAGAAAGUUCCCCGAUCUUUGCUUCAAUCUAGAAAAUUAUCAUUCAAAUAAAAAAAUCAUUUUGAAGAUUUUGGCGUUCAAAUUUUUGAAGUAUUCUCUAAAGCAAAGUAAUCUUGAAUGUUUUGAAAUAGCAAAAACGUAUACCCUUUUUUGGAAAAAAAAAACAAAGUUCGAGUUUUUUUCGACGCUGUAGUGGUCAGUUUUUUUCCAUUUGAAGAAAUUUCAAGAGCAGUUUUUUUGUAGGAAAACAAGUCGACCAUUCGAAGCAAUAAAGGCAAUUACGACUCCCUGCCAACAAGUGAGUUUUUCUUUUUUUUCUUUUUGUUUUUACCGAUCAAGAAACAGAACGAGUUUUUUUGAAAUCAGGACAUUAGAUUUAUUUUUGCAUUUUUAAAAAAAUUCUUAAAAGAUUGUCAGCUUUUUCACAGAAGAUCCUUAUUUAUAUUUCAAGUUACCUAGAAAAGCUGAUCCUACUCAUCUGCUUCAUACUUUUUGACCUUGGAAUAUAAAACAUUUUUUUAUUCUUAAAAAACGUUGUGGUUUUCUUUGAAAAACGAAGCGUGCUAAAGAAAUCUGCUUCAAAGCCGUAAAAAUUGGCGUAAAGCUUCUCAGAAACAAGAAAAAGUCGUUUUUCCUUUCUUUUUCCACGAGAUUUCAAAGGAAAAGAAGCGGAAGGAGGAAAAAAGUGUUUCGAGUUCCUCCACAUGUCUUUCCAAUUAGCAUUUUUGUUGCUUUUUUUUCACUGAUCCCACCGUAUUUUCCGCCGAACUUUUCCUUGCGGUUUUCCUUUUUUUUUUGAACGUCGCAAAGAUAUCGAAUUUUUCAAUUGUUAGAAAAUGAUCUGUUCUUUCGUUCCAUUAUUAGUUCAUUUUUCAAAAAGUCUUCAGAAACCGUGAUUUUUUGUAUUUUUUAAAACUUGUAACUGUGUCUUCAGCCUGAAAUAAGUCGAACUUUUGAGCUUUUGAACCAUAUUUGACCACAAUGUUUUUUGCGUGUCAAAUUUUUGAAUAAAAUUGUGCGAUUUUCUGACAUCUGGACCUUCAAAGAGUGUUCUAGUUUUUGAAAAAUUAGUAAUUUUUAACCCAGUUGAUUUCUAUUAAAAUAGUUUUUCACGGAAAAAGUGCACAUGAGAAUGUUUACGAAAAUGUCUUGAAAAAUCUCAAUUCUGGUAUUUUCGGAAACCAAGAGUUCAGAAGAGAAAAAAGACUUUUAAUGAAAUUUCCGUGCCUUUCUGAGAUUUUUGUUCAAAACGAACGGUGUGAUUGAAAAGUGUAAACUUUUGAUGACGCUGAUUCAUAUCGAUGUCCGCCCACAUGCAACUGAAAGCGAUGGCCGAGCCAUUGUCCCUCUAUCAGCUCGUUUUUUUCUUUUUUUUCCGUGGUUUUUUUUAGUUUUAAGUUCAAUUCGCAGUGAUUUUCAUUCACUUUAAACUUUUAGUUUUGCGCGAAAAGCUUCAAAUUCACAACUGAAACUUGCGUGAGAUUGAUAUGGAAAUUGGAUGCCCGAAAUGUCGUUGAAAGGUUGCCAAGGCGGAUGAGGUGGACCCAAUUAAGCCACCCGAUGACCUCUCUUCAGCUUUUCCUCCCAUUGCAUUGCAUUUCCCACGCCUCGAGUUUGAGUUUCGGAGCUCAGAACCUCAAUUUCGGCCUUCAUCUCGCUCAUUUCCUUGCUACAUUACUUUUGGACUAUAAUUAUUCCUGUUUCUUGUUUUCCAAAAUUUUAAGUUCAGUAUGAAACGAUGAAAACGUUUCAAAAAAAGUUUGUUAAAGAAGUAGUGACUGUAAUAAGACCCUCCAUUGAAGUUUCUAAUAAUACUUCUUGAAAAACAUUUUGAAAAUGACGAAAUCUUCUCAGGUUUUUUUGGUCCUUAUCUUAUUUUACCCCAAGUGGUUUGUAAAAAUAUUUUUUUAAAAUUCUAUUGUGUUUCAGAGCUGCGACAAAACAUCGGUCGAAGGUCGGGAAACGGCCAAGUUGUCGACAGCAUCUACGACAACAUGCCCUGGGACAAACGGAAGCCCUGUAAGAGUUUCCACUGUUUCGAAAUGAAAUCAGAAUAACCAGAAGCCGUUUAAAAGAAUAAACGACAGCAGGAAAUUUCCAGCAACGACGUCGAGCCAAUUCUCGCCGCUGGUGCUGCACAGGACGCCGAAGCCCGCGGGACUCCCGCCGACUUCCGACGCGAGCCCUCGCAACUCGCUCCGAUCUCAGACGGGCUCCUCUCCGUCGACGACCACCGGCGUUGUCGUCGAACAGUCCAAGUUCCCGAAUCUUCUCUUCGUCGAACAGACUUCCCUGGGAAGGACUGGCAGCUGCGAAGGCGCCAUCGACGCCACUUCGGUGAUUAUUUCUGGUUCAAAAUUGAUUACUAAUUUAAAAUUCUCAUUUCAUCAUGUAGGAGAAAAUGACACGGAGGACAUUUUGAUGUGAAGUGUGGAGUUUGUUAUAAAUUUGCAUAUAUAUAUACUUGAAAAGUCUAGUUGAAGUUCCCAUGUGGCUUUCUCCGCAAUCUUCCCAAAAUUUUUAGGCCUGAUUAUGUGUUUUAACAGAACGCGAAUUUGGAAAAAUCAUAUUUUAGAAUUUAGAAGUUUGGACUCUAUGAUUAAUCUUCAUCUAUACCUUCAAAAAAGGUUUUGGGAAAACUCAAUUGAGGUUUUACUUUAUGCAGUGACCAUAUUUUUCGGCACCUGUAAAAUAAUUGUGUACAUGAACUUGAAGUUUUGUAAUCAACUUGUUUUUUCAACUGUAAAAAAUACCGACUUUUCUAUUGCAGCCCGAGCCGAGGACUUCCUUCGCCUUGAAGAUGGCAGGUUGGUAUAUUCUCAUCAUUUUAUUUUAUUUUUGAGUUGGAAGCUUUCAAGUUCAAAUUACUGCAGCCUAGUGUGAAGAAACGCGUUAUCAAUAGGAAAAAAAAAACUAAACGUUCAAACAAGGUCUUUAAAAAAGCUUUUGAUUGGAUGUAAACGCAUGUCUGAUUUAAUUUUUUUUUUUUCGUUCACACUUUUUUAAGAUUCACGUUAGACUACAGUCGGAGAAAAAUUUACGUUGAAAUUUCGAAUUUUUAUAUGCUAAAAAAACAGUCUCACACAAAAAAUAAGUAGUGCCAUUUAUUGUAUUUUGCUCCCGAAGGUUUCUCGGGAGGUGACCGGAGAUUGUGUGAUUAGAAGAUUAUUGUGGAGACCGGACGACGGAGGCUGCCUCUGUGCUCACAAGCAAACCGCUUUUCCUGCACCUUGCCCCCCAUUCUCAUCAACUUUUUUCUCGUUCUUCCUCAUUUAUUUAGAUUAUGAAGUUUCAAUGACUUCUGUUAAUAGAGUUUCGGCGUUUUCUGCUUUUUGAGCCUUGAUUGAAGAGAUUCUACGAACAAUUUAUCGAAAUAGGAUUUUGAAGCCGAACCUUCAUUUUCUAAGAUAGAAAGGUAACUGAAGCAAAAAAAGCUUUGAAAUUUUAACAAGAAAUGAAAAAAAAUAUUUCGAUUUUCUCCCAUUUUGUUUGUCCCAAAAGAUAACAUUAAAUUUGUGAAUCUUCUAGAUUCCUAUAUCUUCACGAUCCUUUUUUGUGCGCAGAGGGAUUCUUGAGGAAAAAGAAGGAAAUUUUCAUUUUGAUCGCUUCCAUUUGUUCUCCUCAGAUAUUCUAAUAUUUUCGAUUGUAAUGCUGCCAGGCGUGUGAAAACUCAUUUUUCGUGUGUGUCUUAUGACGGCAGAAACGAAAAAAUGGCAAUAUUUCGUUGAAAAAUGGCGGUUUUUGUUUUUAUUGAAUGGGAGUUGUAACGUCGUUCUGAGUCGUUUCCCUUGAAGCUUUUCAUUUUUUUUUUGUUGAGUUUGAAUCGUGCAUGGUUAAGUUAUUUUAUAAGAAAUUUUUGAGAAACAAAUAUUUUUUAACAGACCUGAAUGACGUUAUUUUUCGCUUGUUUGAAAGCGGUUGUUUGAGCAGGAACGGUUGGACAAAAAAAGCUUAACGGGCCAGACAGAUCGAUUCAUUUUUUUCAAUGAUUUUGAAUGUACUGAAGAAAAUGAGAUAUCAUAAAAGGUUUCUUGAAAAGUUUGGAAUUACGUGUAGAUUGUUGAUUUUUAGAUUAUCAUUCAUUUUUCUUGAUGAUACCAUACGUUUUUCAAAGAAAAAGGUUUAAUCACGUUCGUCGAGCGUGAUAGUUUCAUGUAGGGCAGGAUAAUUUCAACUCACCAAAAUCUUUUUUGAAAGAUUAUUUUAUCAUCAAUGUUCUCGAGUUCUUCAAUAAGAACAUUUCCUAGAAAAAUAGGAGACUUGAACUUUUGGUUGAAAUUCUUGUCAAUUUUUCCACAUUGAUCCCGCGUUCAAUAAAUAUCUCGUAUUAUCACUGAAAAUCUUCAUUAUCUUAACCGACAAAGAUCGGCGACAUGUUUUCUUAAGCUUCUCUCAAUAAAGCAUUAUCCGUCGAGCGCAUUUCUCAUGAUUGGAAGAAAAACAGAAGGCCCAAAAACCGCAAUCUCACGUCACGACGAUAAAUCUCGCUAGUGUCAAUCUUAACACUCGCUACGGGUUUUCGCGAUUGAAUCGAAAAAAAAAAUGGAUGUUGCACUUUCUUCUUUUUUCUUCGUUCAUUAAAACGUCGUUCUUCUCCCGCUGAAUUUAUGGGCGGCGUUAUCGGCUAAAUACCGUGACGAUUCCAUCAAACAACUUCUUUUCUUGUUAUUCUAUCCAUCAAUGAACUACUUUAAUUACUAUAAUUACCGCUCGACUGCCGAUUUUUUUAUAAUUAUUACAACUCGCGACGCUACUGUAGGAAGAAUGAAAGGUCCUGCAAGCAAAAGAGUAAGUUUUUUUUUUCUGAGAAAAUAAUAAAAAAUCUUGUCAUACGUAAGGAAAAUGAUGAAAAAUUAAACCAAAUAUUUUUUUCUUAGUAUUUUCGCUCUAUCCAAACUUAUGAACUACGAACUUUUAAAAAUCUCAAAAAUGAACUUUGUUUUUACAAAACGUGAAAGCUUUUUUUAAAAUUGAAAAAAAGGUUUCUAAAUGCUUUUUGGACAACUUAGAAAACUGGAAAAAACUCAAGUUUUGAGACCUAAAAACUUUCAUCUUUUCAGCUUUGAUUGGAUUUCGAAAAUUUUCGAGCUCAAAUCCAUGAAUUUUGUUCAGAAAGAAGUUUUCUUCUGGGGAAGCUGCCAGAGAAAUCCUCAAUUUUCUUUUUCGAAUUUGUAAGCUUCUUUGUCUGGUACAGCGGAAACUUCACAAAUUUGGUCAUUUGGUCUCUAUCUAUUCGAAAUCAGGCUAAUUUUUAACGAUUUGUAUGCUCGGCUGUGAGGUAGCCGCAGUCAAAUGUCAUAAAGAUCUUUGUGUUGACCCGCAGAAACGACAAAACGAUGGCGGCGGCUGGGUUUUACGGCGCGACCUGUGGGUUUUGAGGUCUUUUGGCUUCGAACGCCUUUAACGUUUUAUGGGCCCUGGUAGCGGCCUCUUCCAACACCAUAUUCAUUAUAUUCGCCGCCUGUCCAUUGCUUAUUAUAUCAACCACUUUUUCUUUUUCAUCAACUUAUACUGGAGUUUUGAAGCUCUUUUUUCCUAUUAGUUAUAUUUGACUUUUCAUCGCUCAAAUCCAUUGAGGAGCAUCCUUAACACCCAAUGAGCGUUCUGAAUUAAAUGAACCCAGUUUUUAGAAAGCCUUACAAAAGUUGAAGCCGGUAGAAACUAGAAAACUUUGAAUUUUUCCGAUAUCAUCGUUUUUUUGGAUGGUAGACCAUUUUUGCCAAACUUAAGAUUUUUUCAGGAUUCGCUGGAAAUUAGAACCUUAUUAUAUCAGCCGAAAAAUAUUAUGUAAUAAUUUUUAACGGAUUUCUAUAUCCAAAAGUGUAAAUUGAUCAGGAAACUCUCAAUUCGCUUUUACGUUUCUCCAAGCCAUUCCGAUUAAUUUUUCAUCUUCCAAGUUGUCUGAGACAAACAUCCAUUUUUGUUAUUCGAAUUUUCAUCCGUCUGGCUUUUUUAUUCCUAAUUGAAAAACGAAGCACUUUUGUAAUUGGAGGAAAUUAGUUUCUAUUCCGAGAACGCUCGGUUUCAAUUGAAUCCGAUUCAAUUUUUGACCUCCUCCAGAGAAAGCUCAAAAAGGCAAGUAAACACAGAGACUGUGAAGACACUUGCAAGCAUUGUGUGUAUCGCGUAUAUCUCGGAUCCCUGUUUCGUUUUAUCCCCACGGACACAAAGCCAAAAGCAAAUAUAGUUUCACUUCGUUUUCUCGUUUUUUUCCUCGCCUAUCGACGGCCGACUGAUAUCUUCUCGACCAUUCCGGCAAAUUUCGACUGAUUUUCUGAUUCACUGUGAUUUGUGUAUGCUGCGAGUCAGAGCCAGUCAGUUUCGUUUCUCUUUUUUUUCGAUUUCUGAUGAAAUUUUUCAAAAUUUUUCAAUCAUUUGGAAAAUUUCAGAUGUUCGAGACUCUUAAUUUAUUAGAAAAAAUAUUUUCAAAAGACAUUUGGGCCCUACGGACAACAUUUCCAAUUAAGCUAUGGCUUCAAGUCAGAAAAGGGAACUGUAAAUAUUUUGCCGCAACCAGAAAAAAAGAGAGAUUUUUAGAGUUAUUCAGGAAAAAUGACCUCUGGAGGCAAUUGCGCCCAAGGGCUUAAUUUUCGGAACAGGCUUCACUACAAGUUUUCAAUUUUUUCAAGUUAGAAAGAAUUUUUCCUUCGAUUUUUCUGGUUAAUUUUUUUAUCUUAAUUCAUUUUUGAGCAGUUUUUUGUCAGGCAGGAUCAUUUUUUGUUUUUUUUAUUAAAGCGGAAAGAAAAAGUUUAUGGACUUUGAUAGAGUUCAUCUCUCCACUGAUCAUUGUAUUUGAUAGCCCUUUCCGAGAAAUGGAACGCUCCAAAACUCUUUGUCCAACAAGUGAUCAGUAAUAAACAAUCAGGAUACAGCCUACUUGUGUUUGAAGUGUUCGGGAGGGCGCGUUUUGAGAAAAAGACUUCUUCUACAACACAAACUGUGGGCAUCAUCUCGAGAGUCUCCACGGCGACGGGGGCGUCCGUUCCUUGGUUCCCCCCGUCAUUCCUUGGAUGGUGUCAUACUCACCAACACACUUCAAACUCUUCCGUAGACCUUUCUUCUCAUUAUUCACUUGAAAAGUUUUUUGAAAAUAUCCCUAUUUUUCAGGGCUUUUUAAAUUAAAAUUUUCUUCUUUUUGGUUGUGGACUUUAUUCAAAAAUUUUUUGCUUAGUGUUUUUUGAUGUACUGAAUGAAGAUUCAAGGGAGAUUCAAUCUGCACAAAAUAUUAUUUAUUGAAAAAGAAAGAUCCUGAAACAAUCCCUGAUAUUUUCGACAACCAUAUUCAUACACGAGGAAGAUUACAAACUUUGAAUACAGUUUGAACCUGUAUUCCCUCUCAGUUUUGAUUCAUAGUCCCUUCUUAUUUUAAUGAAUCAUUGAUCAAAAAAAAGAGGAAAUUGUUUCGGACCGUAUUUUUUGGUAUUUCACCGCGCAUGUGCAUAUACAUACUUUCGAGAGACACUUUGAAAAUAUUUAUUGUUAUUUCCAAAUUCAUCGAAAUUCUGAACACUGCUUUGUACCUACAAGUUGAAUGGACACUCGAAAAUUCCAAAGUUGAUUGGUCGAAUUUUUCGGACAAUGGGUUCCUAGGUGUGAGUGGGGGGAAGAAAAAACAACUGGUUCAGACAUGCGUUACAAUCAUAAAUAAUUUAUUGCCGUUUCGAGGUCGCGUGCUGUUUGCCUCCACUUUUUCUGAGGAACUUUUGAGAUGUGCAACCAUUUCAAUAUUUUUUCUAUAUCUUAUGUCGUCCGGAACCUCAAAGUUUUCCCACUAAAGUUAACGACUUUUUGUGAAAUUUCCUCUUAUGAAUGUGUUUUUUGCAGAAAAAGACGCGGAGGAGUGCUUUGCGUGGCUCAAACAAGCAGGUUUCCCGCAGUACGUCAGGCAGUUUGAAGGUCAGUUGUUCUUAUAAGUUUUCUAUAGGAAUACACUUUUUUUAUCUUUGAAAUUGAGAGUUCUAUUUCCCAGAAGCAUUUUCAAGAAUUAUAAGCAAGGGAUAUUUUUUGAAAAAUUAGCCGCGAUGUGCUUAAGCUUUUCAGCUUCAUUGAUAAACGUAGAUGCUUGAGAGUCGGAUGGAUCAAAAAAUUCCAAAAAAGAGUUUGAGAAAAAAAGGCUAGAUAGGUCGCUCCAUGCAGUCCGGUGAACUUUUUAUCCCAUUUCUUAAAAUUCAAUUUUUCCCAUUUUAUUGGUCUUUUUUUAUUUUUUUGCUUUCUAUCGACCGAAAAACAAUUCCUGUGAAAAAAUAGCUACUUUUUCAAACUAAUUUUAGGUGUCAUUCUUUGUUAUGAAUUUAGCUAUGGAGCGCAAAAGUAUGAUUCUUGUCGUGUCCAUUUUUUCCCAGCUACUCAACCCGAAGCUUUGCCUUCCGGUUAUAGUAUCAUCUACCCAUAAAAAGACGAUUUACGCGCAGUUUGGACAUCUUGUUAUUUGCUUACCACAUCCACAAGUUUUUUAUUAUCAGUCACGCUUUUUGGACAACCGGUUCUCUAUCCGAGGAGGGUUUUUUCGUCUUUUUCUCCUUAAUAUUUCUUAUUUUUUUUAUCGUCUCAACUGUGAAAUCUUUUGAGACGAAAUCAAAGAACCUAACCAGAGAACGUUUUUGCAGUUGAUUAGCUGUUUGUUUUCAAUCUGGCUCGUCUUUUCUUUCUCAAAUUGAUAGCCGUCCGCCUUGGCUUGACCUUGUCUUUUUUUUGUUCUCAUCCGUAGCCGUUUUUGAUUGAUUUCCGCUGGUAGAGGUCAUCAGGGAUCCAAUAUUUGGUUUUUUAUCACACAAAAAUGUGGGCUGAUAGUCGCUGAUGGAGGUUUCUUUAUAUUGCUGUGACAAGUUCAAACUAACGAUAAAAAAAGAAAAAAAUUAUUUUUCAGCUUGAAAAAAAGUUAUAUACUAUGAAGCUAUUGUUGAGGAGGACUUUCAAAAUAGGCUCAAAGUUUUUUUGGGAAAAUUCUGAAUUAUUUUUUUGAAAUAGAUAAAAUUAUAAAAAAAUAGUCGAGAACCAAUCAAAAAAAUUUAAAAAAAUAAAAUCAUAAAACGGAGGAGAAUAAUAUUUGAUGAAUUUUUGAACUCUUCGAUCUUUUUUCAAUUUCUAACAACGGUUCCAUGUUUGGUCGAUUAAUAAUUAACCUAAUUGUCAAUCCUCACAAAAAUAGAUUUAAAAAAGCCUUGUUUGAAAGUCACUGUUUUUUUCUCGUUUUCAAACGUUCAAUAACUGGAAAUUUCAUUAAAUUCUAGUAACUUCGCGUCGUUUUAAACAAAUUUUAAUGAAAACUAACAAAAAAGUUUUGAAUGACCUUUUUUCCGCAAUCAAAGGUGAAUCUACCAUUUUUGAUCUCAAAGACUUCUCAACACUUUUUUCGCCCCUCUCCUCACUUUGCCAGAUGUGUUCUAAGAGCCGUAGAUGAACCCGAAACGACCUUGUUCUUGUCAAAAUCGAACACGCCGACUGCCCAUUUCGUCUUAUCCGUUUCCCUCUUCUCCCUUUUUUGAAUUUCGCAGUUUUCCGAGCAAUCACUUUGCUCGGAUCUUUAACUUACUACUGAUUGGUUCAAAAGCUCUGAAUAUUUGAAUGACGACAGAUUAAAGCAAUAACAAGUUUUCAUUUUUGAAAUGUAGUCUGGUGCUUAAUUUUAGAUUGGCUCUGUUGUAAACAAUUAUCUAAUUGAAAGCGAGAAGCGGGAAAAAUGUUCUUAAAAUAGCAAGGCUCGCUGGGUAUUUUGUUUUUCAGAUAGGAUUAAAGUCUAAAAAUCCUUUUUGAAAAAAAAACAGAUUCAAAAACCGUUUUGAGGUUUUUUUGAAAACUAAAAAAAGACGGAAAAAGUAUUUUUUUAAUUUUUUUCUACUCUAAUUGAGACUAAAUGAAUUCAUUAGCUUUUUCUGCGCGCCCUUUUCUCACCAUAAAAAUCUUGAAAAUAGCAGAUAAAAUCUUUUUUUUCCUGAAAUUUAAAUUUGAAAACGAGUUGACCAGAGUGGACUCCGGAUUAGAACAAUAAAAAAAAAGUCGCCGAAAAAAAUCCGAAUCCCUUCCAACGUCAGAACACAGGUGUCGAAAAGAUUCUGAUAAAAAUUGAUUAUCCGAGGCUUCGCCCCCCACGGCGCGAAACUCGACAAAAAGAAACCAGCUUUUUUUCUCCUCUCCAAAUUUUGCUGUCUUUUUUCGGCAAUAUGCAUCAUUUUAGCCGUUUUUAUCUUGUUUAUCACACAGAUCUUUUCUGCGCCUCUGGGUUGUGGGACAAGAAGAAGAAGAGGAAGAAAGGCCGGUUAAUGCGUUUCCUACGCACAUUCUUCGCCUAUUCAGAUUCAGAUGCGGCACACAAGGCGUUUCUUCCGACCACUUUCAACCUGCUGCUGCUUUUCCGCUCUUCUGACACUCUUUUCAAUCUUUUUCUCAACUUUUUAUCCGUUUCCAAACCAUGUCCGAUCCAUUUUUCGAAUCAACGUUGUUAUUAAAAUGUUUCUUGUCGAAAUGGAUUUAUUGGAGGAAAAAUAAUAUUAUGCAGCUUGGAAAAAAAGGACAGAGGCGUUUUUCUUGGUAUUUUAAUUUUUUAGGCUUCAAUUUCCAUUUUUUUUUUACUUGAGUUCAGUAAACUAGCAAAGUUACUGUCGUACCCUCAUUCAGGAUACAUAGGUAUGUCACGAAAAUCAAGCUUUAUCAAUACUCAUAUAAUGCGCUCCAUCGAUAAAUCCAGCGUAACUUUCAAUUUUAUUUUUCAAAGAACUAAUCAAGCCAACCAGAAGCCUUCUACGCUGGUAUUUUAACCAUUCAUGUCUGUGAUUCGAGUUUUUUUUUUCAAAAGUUUGAGUCAUUUUGUGGGUUACUACACUUUUAAGUGAUCCAAUCAAGGGAUCAAACACAACAGUUCCAUCUUUUUCCGAACUGAAAUCAUUCUUUUUUCCUUUGAACAAAUUGAACUUUAUCACCGUUUGAAGGUUAGAGACGCGUGUUUGUUCCUCACGGGGAAGAGAGGCUCUUUGCCUUUGGGAUUCGCUCCCGAAACCUCGACCUUGACUGGUACAAAGAAUGCGAGAGGAAAUAGGCGGCUUUACUGGUUUUUUUUCUUUGAGAAGUUUGAAUGAACUUUUAUUUUUCCUUGAAUCAAUUCAAGUUUUUAAAAAAAUUUCUUGUUAUAUUUUUUUCUGAGAAUUUCUCAAAUAGCCUUCAUACAGCAGUUCUUUGAAUUCAUUCAAAAAAAAUAUUUUUUUCUUGCACAAUAAUGACUGCAGUGCUCAAAACAAGAAUGAAUAAAUAUAUUUUUUUCAUUCGAUUAAAAAUUUUUUUAAAGAUUUUGUUUUGAAGAAGGCUUUAACCAACAUUUUCAUUUUUCGAAACUUUCAGGCUCUCAUGAAAAAUCAGAAAAAGUUUUUUUAUAAAACAUGCCCGUAAAACUUUUUUUAUGGAAAUUUUUUUGUUUCUAGAUGGAUAAAAAAACAAAAAUCCCACCCAAACCUCUAAAUAAGACCUAACCAGCCAAUUUCUCCGUAAAUAAUUCAUCGUGAUUUUUGAAUUCUCCGAGCCGACUAUACGAAAAAUUUCUAUGUGGACACGGCCUGUUUUUGUCCCGCGAACUCAUUAAAAGACGGCUUAACAUGAUGAAAGCAGGGGAAAAAACGGCUCAAAGAAUGUUAGGCAUCGAAUCGAAACGGAGGAGGGCGGAAAUUUGUUGCUGGAGGCAAAAAGAAAAUGCGCGAUUAUUUGCCGAGGAAAAUUCGCCAGGUGUUCCUGUCUUCUUUUCCUUGCCACAACCCAUCUCCACUCAAAUCCUUCAUCUCUAGGCGCUUUUGUGUCUUUUGCAUGGUACAUUUUGACUCAUGAAAUGAUCAUACUCGUUUAAUUUUAAAAAAAAAGUUAUUUUAUCUACUUUUUUGAUAGUGCUUCAUUUUCCUGCUAACAAGGUUUAGAGAAAAUAGAUACAACGAAGAAUUUUUAUUUAUUACUAACUUACUGAAAUUCGCUUUGACUCUAACUUACUGAAAUUCGUUUGGCUCGAAAUAGUUUGAUCGCAGAGAGAUUGGCUCCAAGCGUAAGGAUUGCGGCGCAUUCAUUAAAAAAGAGCGCCCGACUUUGAAGCGACUUGCGCGCGCUGGCAUUGAAAACCCUAGAAAUACUCUUUUUCUGAUGAGAUAACAACAUUUCAAGUCAAACCGAAUUAGUUUUAUCUUUUUCCAAGUCCUAAACAUUGACUUAAUAUUCCAUUUUCCUAAGUCCUUUUUGAAAUUUGUUUGUUAUUUCAAGGUACUAGCUGUCUGAUAUUUUGAUAGUUUGAAAACUUUGGCCAGAAAAAAUUCGAAAUCCUCAUCGAGAAUAUUCUCAGAAAAAAAAAAUUUGUUCCGAAAGUUUUCAUUUUCCAUCUCACUGAACAGUUUCUUUUUCUUCUAUUCGGUAGUGAAGUUUUUCAACAAAAAAGUUACUUUUUGCUGUCAAAAAUGUUUUGUACGGUUGUUUCUAUCCACAAAGACGCCUUUUAUUCGAGUUUUGUGGGAUUGGAAAUGGUUGAAUGCAGAGUUCUGAGUUAUUGUCCGAGUCAGGAACAAUAUUUCACUUUUUGCGGCAAGAUACCCCCAAAAAACAUUUUCAAGGACAACUUUUUUUUUGGCAAAGUGAACUAAACUUUGCCUCAAACCAAAAAAAAAAGACGAAGUGACGGCAAUUAUUUGGGGUUCGAGCCAAAAUUGACGAUGGCCGAUCCGCUCAGUAACGCUUAUUUGGCCUUUUCUUUGGCUUUUGGUUCCUUUGUAGCUGGUCAUCUUUGUCUUUUUCGAAUAAAAAAAUAGUUUCGUGAUUUUUGGACACUUUGUUGCCCUACAUAAAUUUUCCUUUGUAAACCGGUAACGAAAGGAGGUUUCUCCGUCUUUUUCUUUCGGUCGUAAAGUGAUAAUUUGAUAGGAUUGGCUUUUUCGGCACUUUCCCUUGCGUUUCGCAGAUUUAUCGUCCAUUUUUUCCGCGUUUUUUGUCGUUAAAUGUGGUUAAUUCUGCUGAUUGGUAGAGCUUUCGUGAUUUCUCAUCAACUCACUAGGUUAUGUAAAACUUUGUGAUCGAAGAGUAAGACUAACUUCAUACUUGGCAUGAGAUGUAGUCACUCAGCGAUAAAACACUGUAAAAAACAGUUUCUCAGUGAAUCUUUUUUGGAAAAAUCGGUGAACAUUCUGUCAAUCUACAACAUAUUUUGACUUAUUUUUCGAUCCUGCUUCUGUUCCUCGGCUUGAGUAAGGCCGGUCAUCUUGUAUUUUUUGUGUCUCUAUCAAAAAAGAAAAAAUAUACACAUAAAAAUGAAUCCUCUUUCAAAUCUAGUUUGAAUUCUCUGCAUAAUAGUGCCGAGGUUGUCCUCCUCAAACAUAAUGUCGUUGGCGAAUGUCGCCAAAAAGUCGGUGAUUCAGCCCUCCGCUCGACCUUUUUCGACAGUUUUGUCCUCAUCGUGUGGAAAAAGGCCCUUUAUCGCAACCUCCAAUCUGCGCCUCGAACCUAUUUUUUCAGUGAUUUUCCGGCUGCGGUGGUUUAUUUGUUCAUUUUAGUGCCUCGCGACAAAGUUUUUAUUUUAUCCAUGCCUCUCUUUGAGAUCGAAGGUGAGAAGAUUUUUUCAAUGUUUUUGAAAAGAAGCCAAUUUUGAUUCUGAUUUCAGAACCUUCUCGAUAGAGACCAAAAAACUUGUUACAGGUACGAAUAAUUCAAAAUCCUGAAAGUUUUUUUUCAAGAAGUCUUCAAAAUCUCUUCCUCUUUCACAACUGUGAAAAAAGUGUCCUUUUUAGAAAAUAGGAAAUUUGGCAGGAUUUUUUUAACAUAUCUAAUAUCAUAUACCCGUCCUUUGGACAACUCUAAAACAAACUCAUCUCGUUACAAGUAAAUUCUGAGAAAACCUGGCAGUUAUAACUGAAAUUUAACUCGUUUGAUUAUAGAAAAACUGAAAACUGUCCAAAAAAGUAUAUCUGUAUGAAUGUGAGAACUUCAAUAACAUAGAGAAAGAGAUACUUGCAAACAAAAGAAGACGAAAAAAACGUGCAAAAAUGUUACGAGAAAAGUUCGUGAUGAGUCAGUGCAUCGGACUCACUUUUUUCUUCUUUUUCUGCUCCUUUUUCUCUUGUAUUCAUGUUUUAUCGUACUGUUUUUUGUUAUUUCUAGUUAGAUUUAUAUUUUUGAAGGAAAAAAAUGAGAAGCAUAUUUCGACACCAGGAAGGUUUGACCACAAGUCAAAAGAACAAUUUAUGGAAAAUCCGAGCUUUUCGAAUAAUUAGGGCUCUUAAAGUUUAGCACAAACCAUGGAUUGACGAGCGAAUGUUUGCUCGGCAACUCAAAGGCAAGAACUGAGAGGUUCGGCCGUUUGAUUACAAGAAGAUGAAGCACCAAACGCCGGGUUUUCGAGUACAUUGUUUACCAAAAACACAUUUUCCGACGAUGAUUUGCGGAUGAACAGUAGCGCCCGGACAACUCCGAUCCCCUUUUGUUCUUUGUCGUUUUCAAAUUUUCACUUCUGAAAUCAACGUUUUGAGCAGGUAGUUGCUGUAGAUUGUCUAGCGUUCACAUUAUGGUCAACGUUCGAGUUUUUCUAAAGAUUUUAUUUGCGAGAAAAACAUUUUGAGAUUUGCUCAUCUUUUUUCUUUAGAAUAAAUCGAAUCCCAACAAAAGUCUCGAUAUCAUUAAAUGUAUUAUGAGAACAUACUUUUUACAAAUGUGUAUUAACGAUAUUCCAGAAAUAGAGCAGUUAAUCAUUAAAAAAUCAUAUUUUUUCAUACAUAUUAUGACUGAAACCUACUUUAUUCAGCUUUUUAAGUCCCACGUUUUUUUCUCGGCUUUUCAAUUUAUUAUUUAUUGAUUUUUUUGCUUGCAUUGCUUUUAAAGUUAUAGCCGUUCGUCGCAAAGUCAUAGAGAAAAAAUUCUCGAUUAUUUAAAUUUUUGAGCUUCACAGAUAAUCGUCAUAAAAACCAUCACAUUCUGAAAUUUCUGAAGCUUCUAACUCUCGCUUAUCAGUAAAUGUUUCAGAAGGCUUGUUUCCGAUCGACUUGGUGGCCGUACAGAAGGACCACGAGUUUCUCGGAACAGACUCUCUUCGAGCUCUCUACCGCCGUCUCGACACUCUCAACCGAUGUGCCAUCAUGAAGGUCGAUAACGUCGUCAUGCGCAGACGGGUUCGUUUUCGGACAAAAUCUUCUCAUGAGUCAUCUUUAACAGUAAAGCUCAUAUCCGCUCCCAGGUUGUCACGGUUUCUUUUCUGCCAAAAAACCGUAUACCAAAAUGGAUCGAAUCUAACCAUUUUUCGUUUCAAGACCUUUGGAUUUUGUUGUCUUUUUGCAAUUUUGUAGAGUAGAGUUGCAGAAAAGCUGUUUUUACAGUAGCUUUUUUUCUUCUUUCAAAACGUUACCGUCUCUCGCGGAACGCACUAUAUCUAGAGCAAAAAUUCAGCCAACUUUGGAAAUUCUGUGGGUGUUCAUUGCACACUUUCUUUUCCACAACUUGAAACGUUUUUGUCGCACUUGGAAUGGCGUACUUAGAGCUCGGAUGCCACCGAUCCCAGACCUGAAACUACUUACGCGCGAAGCACCAGAACAGGCUCAUCAUAGUCAACUUUGAUGUAGAAUGAUUUGAACCCAAAGAGAAAAAAAGCCAUUCCCUGUGCGACCAUCGCGUCUCAAUUUGUCUUGAAAUACCCACUAAUUAUUUUUUAAAAACUAGAAUGUUUCAUCACCCAUCACUGAGAGUGCAUUCGACGAACUUUAAAACGAGCUUUUUCUUGCAGAAUGAUGACUAUCGUUACGCCGGCUUCGACGAGGACGACCAUGUAAUUUUACUUUUUUUUUCAUCAAAAUAAUCACAUAUUACCCAAAAAUGAUACCUCUCAAUUCGACGAAAAGGUUGAAGUCCGUGGAGGAGUUUUUCAUGACGUCGUUUGAUGUAUUUGUUUUCGAUCGCUUCCCUUUGUGUUUAAUAUUUUUGAUUCGACUUCAAUUGAUCUUCUUUUUUUUCUCAAGAACUCAAGAAACCUUCUAUUUGUUUCAGAGAAAAAAUUCUAUUUCAUUUUUUGAACAAAAGAUUGGAAGUUUCAUCCUAAUCAGAAUGUAUCUUGGGUGGGAUAAUAAGCAGGACUAGCCUAUUAAAAGUAAAUUUAAAAAAAAUGAAAAAUAAUAAGUCUUACCGUUCGGUUUUAUAGGCGAUUUUGAAGACGUUAUUUUUCAAAUUUUUGAGGUCUUGAAUAACAGAGAGUGACCUACACUUCUACUAGUUCAACGCAGCUUCAUUAGUUUUUUCAAAGUUAUCUUUUUCGGAAAGCCCUUGAAGCCCUAAGAAUUUCUCUGCGGCGCUCAGCUAAUGUCAAAAUAGCGACGCAAUAUCUGCAAGGUGAUAACGAGCGAUCUCACGGCCGAUCCAUCAAUUUGCCGCGUCGAAUCAUCACCAAGUUCUCAUUUCCGCUCCUUCUUUUAAUGGUUAACGCCUUUGGGGCGUCAGAAAACGACUGUUCCGCAUUGAGACUAAAUCGAAGAAAAGACUUCUCAGAAGAUUUUUCGACAAUUCAAGUAAACUGUUUCAUGUCGAUCAUUUAAAAAAAAAUGCGAAUUGAAUAUUAUUUUACUAGUUUGAAACCAUGCCCUAAAACACUGGAAUAAUAAUGAUUCAACACUUAACGGUUGCACUGCGGCUCGAUUGAAUUAUCGGAAGACUUCCUCAAAUAAGAUUCAAGUAUGAAAGAUUUUUUAGGUACAAAAGCUCGAAAAACAAACGUUUUUGCUUAUUUGAAGACCAAUAACUAAAAAUAAUAAAACAGUUCUCAAAUUUUUCUGCCAGUCUAUAGCUUCUUACUCAGCUACAAAACCAAACAAUUUUAACGUCCUUAGUUCAAAAAAACCUAAAAAAAGAGGCGUGCCUUGACACUUUUAUUCUUCAUAAGAAAACUUUCAAAUUAUUAUUUUUUGCUUCGAUUAAGCUCAAAGCUUGGAAAAAAGGAAAUUGGCGCUUUUUUGGAAAGGAUCUGAAGCCAAGUAGGUAAUGAAGCGUAUGGAGACCCGCUUCCUAUCUGUUACGCCGUGAUUAAUGAAGUCGUCCUGGUAGGGAAGUUUAUCGGAAUCUAUUUACGCGGGUUAGCCUUCAUAACUUCCCGUUUGCGCUCUGUGCGGCCUUUUCUUCUUCUCAGUUUUCAUCGAAAAAACAGAAAAUUCCCAUGUUUUUAUGCUGAUAAGAUAAUCUGUGUUGAUUACCAGUCCAGAAGGAACUGUGUUUGUGUUUUGUAGACGCAUAUCUUUCAAGUUUUUGGAUUUGCUGUGUGGAUAAAGCAAAGAAGGCAGAUGGAUGGGAAAAAGAGGAAAAAAACGCUAAUAUGAACUGUCGUUUUGGGAAUCGCGCCGACUAAUGUGUUUGCGUUCUUGUCUUUUCUUUCGGUCCGACUGUCCAUUUUGCUUAUAUCCGCCGCACAUUUCCACCCACUUUUCGUAUCGAUUCAGGCCAUUUUUUCGCUUUGAAAUUGAUAGCCAAAGCCGAGCCAAUUUCAGUACGUAAGAAAUUUUUCUAUAUAGUAGAGAUACAGUUGAAAAAAUUCGAUUGAGGCAAUUUUUUUUUUUUCGAAGCUCCAGAAACUUACAAAUUUUUGAUCAGGAUGGAAGUUCUGCAGAAAUUUGAAAAAAAAAGUCUUUUAAGGUUUUUCCAUUUUUUUCUUUGGGCUUUCCGUUAAAGUUUUAUGUCGUUACGCGAGUCAUUUUUGGUCGGGUGCAACUUCUGGCCAGCCUUCAUUCUUAGCCAUUCUCUAGGCGAUAAAUGUAUUUGAAGUCAGGCGAAAUCGCAAAAAAGCCAAUUUGUUCACUCCGAAAUUUAAGAGUUUCAAAGUUUUGGACAAAAAAAUAAGAUGAUUUUCGAAGGCGUAGGGCGGGGCUUAAAAACCUGGACGCUAUGAGAAAUUAGCAUGUUUCGAAGUUGAUUUCAAUUCUGGCUCCGCCUCAUUUUUUCAGAUCUCCCUUCUAAAUCUCUAUAGUAGUUCAUAAAUUCUAAAGUGAUUUUUGAAGUUUAUCAUGCUCCUGUCUUUUGAUUGAGAUACUUCUUUAGGAUUAACUACCUACUUUUUUCUUGAAUCAAUUUUGGUCUUCAAACUCGAAGUUUUCGAUUCCAGGUGGCCUUAUCCGGCAACUGGCAGUACCAACGACAGUCCCACACUUGGUCUCGCGUCCCGGCCAACGAGCCGAUUUACGGCGCCCACGGACAACUCGUCUCUACCAAACCCAACUACCAGCCUUACAUGGAACGGUUCGUUUUCCGUUUUAUUUCAGAAAUCGGUGUAAGAUUGCUUCGACCAUGAAAAUGAGGUCAAGUUUCAAGAAAGUAUGUUUUGAUGAAAUUUUUUGAGUUUCAAUUUUUUUUUGCCAAAAAAUUCCAUAGAAGUGUUCAAAUUUUAUAUAUUCGAAGCUUCCCGACUAGCAUUAUUACAGCGAAAAAUUAAAAGUAGUUCAAAAAAAACGGAAUGAAUAUCAUUGGAAGAUAAAGAUAAUACCGUCAGUUUUUAGUUAAGUCUUAUAUUGCAUCAGGGACGGUAAAUAAAAAUGAACUCUAACCUUGGAUUAGGAGUCAUAAAAAUUGCGUCCAUUACUCUUUCAAGAGGAAAAAAGCCAUUUUGAAUGCGUAGGAAGUGAAAAGCGAACAAAAAUUCUUAAAAGCUCUUGCUUUUUUUUUUAUAGGAGUCUUUUUAUAAUUCAGAGCAUCUCAGCGAAGAUUUUCGAACUGUAACUUGAAAAAUGUGACCGUCUGAUUUGCAAAACUGAGAAAGCCUGUUCUAAAUGCGCAAGGAAAGUUUUCGCCAAAAUAUAGUUUCUAGGAGAUGUACCUUGAUUUUAAAAAACAAUGGUUUUUCUUCCGCUAAGAAUAAAUGUGACCACCUGACCUGCAAAAAAAAAAGCCAUUCCAAACUCGACUUGGAGGUAAUCAAGUCCAGACGAACGACAGUUUCUAUAAAUCAUUUGACAGGGCUUUCUUGAGAAGAAGUUUUGGUUAGUUUACGGCGAAAUGGUGGGUGUGUGCCUGCCAAUAGGUUGAAAUAAAUCACGGACUCAUGUGCUCCAACGAACCCAAUCCAUGCCGUUCUCUUUUCCAAAAGAUCCGAUGAUCCGGUGUCGGUUCGGCUGUUUUGUCGUUGACGCUUGUUCGUUUGUGACGCCGUGAUUUGACGUGAUUUGAUAAGGAGUUGGAUCGUCGGCCAAAUUCCUUCUCUCUUUCCUUUUUUUUUCCUUUUUUUGUUUGAUUCUUUCGUCGUCGACGUGGUUCUCCACUCGCUGACGCGUCGACUUCCGAUCGACGCCUUUUCUUCUGAUUCUAUUGACUUUUUGUGAACAACUCUCUCGUUAGGUUAUUCUGGUCUUGAGAUUUUUUGACGUUUUUUGCGCUCCUUUUGAGAUUUCCAUCAUUUUUCUGCGGACCUUGUUACACGGUCCGGACGCAAAUCGUGAACUUCUGGUGACCAUUUAAUAGUUCUGACGCUACUAAAGUGGUCACUAGAAAUGCCCCUACACGUCCGAUUCGUGUUACUGUGGUCCGAAGAGUUAGCAAUUUGAACAGAAUGCCUUUUAUUCUUUGUUUUUCUAUACUGCGUAUCGUUAAUGAGGCGAAAUUUUAACCUUAAAAAACUGUAAAGAAGAAGUUUUCCUAAUUUUUUGUUGUGGAAAGUAUAUUGUAGAACCACUGAAAAUUCAAGAAACCAAAAACCUCCACGAGAAAGGAUGAAAAUUAACUUUUUAUUGAAGAAAAUCUCGAGCCUGAGUUUCGAAUUCUCUACCCUCCAAUUGAACGUUCUUUUGACGAACUAAUUAGCCAUUUUUGGAAAACUGGUUUUCUGAUAGUUGGUUCUAAUGGUUCGAACUUUCAGUUUGGUAUCUUUUCAGACUUUCAAACCAUUCCAUUCUUUCUUUUUUUUUGAAAUUCCUUCUUUCAAAAACUUUUUGACCUUUAAAAAACAAUAUUAUUUCAACAGCAAUUUUUCUGGACCCUAGGGAAUUCUUUAAAAAAAUAAUUUUUUAUUGCUCUCAAUCUAUUUUCGCUCAAAUGUUGCUACCAGACUAAUCAUAAAACCCUGACUCAGUUUUUCCUUUGUGCCAAGAUAUUUUUUUCGUUUUCCCUCACUCAUUAGCUUAAUAAGUACAUUGGAUGGGAUUCUCAUCAAUUUCAUGGAUACAAAAUGGUACCUAGAUUAAUUCUUUGUCUGAGCCAGCCAAGUACGUAAUUAAUCAACGUGUUUGCAGGCAUCCUGGCGGCUCGGAUCGCCUUGUGACCAGGACUAACUGGUACGAGGCUCCACUUGACGCGCGCCACGAACCACACAUUGGGUUGGUUUUUUUUCCCCCAAGAUUCUGCGAUGAAAUCGAAAACAAUCAGAACAUCUGUUUCGAGAUACGUCCGAAAUAACUUUUUAAGUGGAGCCAUCAUUUCAGAUGUUUUUUAGGAACAAAAAAGUAAAUAAAAUAUCGGGGAGUAUCACGUUUCCACAAAUAUAUUUACAUCGGAAUCGUAGGAAAUCAAUCUGUCUGGGUCUUUAAUUUCCUCUUAAUAAUAUCGUUCCAGAACUAAUCCUGCGAGUCAACCAUUCUUGGGUGUAGACUUAUUCUGACCAUUUUGUGACUAGACUUCAAAAUUUAAAAGUUCUGAAAUAAUGUUUCUCAUGCAAAAAUGUUUCGAUAACGUUUUGGAAUAUAUUGAGAAGACGGCUCUGUUUAUCUCAAACAGUACAGAGGGAAAAAAAUUGCACAGGAUUUGAAACUCUUUUCGCAUCUAGAAUGGCUUAAUGCGUUGCGGUCGCGCCGCGCGAUCCAAUUUUAUUUUUUACCUUGCGUUUUGAAUGUAUUUACCUCGUAGAGUUUGGAUACUGACAUGCGCGAAGCGUCUUAUGGUCCGAUGAACUUCAAAAAAUAUCCGCAGCUGUUACGGAUUGAACCAUUUCGAAUGCGAUUGCAGCUUUAUUUUGCUAAUUUUUUAAUUGUUUGACAGAGAAAAUUUUGAGAUGCUAUAAGUGUUUUACCAUUAUGAAUUCAAAAAAACUGAAUGUAAGUCCGAAAAGAUUCAUGAUUUCUUUGACAAUCAAGUUUUUUUUUUUGUUUUCUGAGAUCUAAUGGUGUUUUGAAGUCUGAAAUCAUCCGUAGCCAUGAUGUAUCUAGAAUAACUCUUGAUGUUUGGCAUCAGUUUCCGUAAAAAGAAACGCGCGUUCCUCUUUUUUUUUUCCAGAUGCUCUACGCCUUAAUUUGAGGGUUUACUCAUCGAAAAUCUUUCUCUCGUUUCUCCCAUUAUCCGUCUCGUCUCACAGAAAAAUGUUUUUCUUCCCAAGAACGUCAGCUUCUUCUCCCUUAGAUUCGAUAAAUAGAAACAGAAUGACGUUUUAGUCGAGAUUUCCAAUGAAGUUGUUUAUUUUUGGGUAGUACUCCGUCUAAUUUGGAUUAUUAGGUUUGUAGAAUAAUGGUUUUUCUAUCAAUAUUCUCACGGUCAGUCUCGAACUAAUUAAUAAGUUCAGGUUUAAACUAAUUUUGCAUUUCUGAAAGAGAAAGGAGUUCUAAAAAAUUAUCUUAGUUGAACUAGGUUCUCAGGUUCGAUUUUGAAAAAAAAUCUUCGAAUUGAAUUAGAAGAAUAAAAAAAGCCUGGAAGAGCCGACUUCCUAAAAAUUUUCCGACUUCUUCGUUCUCAAAUGAAUCAGUGGUUUCAGUCAGUCGACGAGCAACGUCGCCGAGACCAACGGUUCGCCGACGUCCUCACUGACGCCGUCGGCGAACGGCGUCAACAGCAAACUUCAGCGAUCGCAGAGCGAGAGAAUCCGCGAAAGAGCUCGAGCCAUCAUGAAAAAGAUGGACCUCCGUUCUAAUAGCAGGUCAAUAUUUCAGACAUUUUCAGAAAUAACAAGGGGAAAAAAUUCUCAUUUUGGCUCAAUGUUCGGGUUUCGCAAAGGUUUUCCCUAAUUUUAGCGAGUCUCAUAAUUGGAAGACAUUACUGUAGUUGGGCCAGCAAGACUUGAUGAGGUCGAAAAAAAGUUUAAAGAAUUUUUUAUAUUGAUAUGGGAUCUAGGGAAAAUUAGGUCCGGCUCAAUCUCAAUGAAACGUAUACUUUCCGCGACUUUGAUUACAAGACGAAGCAUUUUCUUGAUUUUUGCCAGCUUUUUCCAAUUUCAACGGCUCAUUUCCUACCAGCCGACCUAACGGCCCGAGCACGUGAAGCUAUUUUUGCCUUGGCGAACGGCUCAUUGACGCUUUUUCGGUGGCAAAAUUGGCCCCGGGCUUAUUGCCUUCGUUUAUAUUUGCACACGGCAAGACGUCACACCAGACGGCGAACGUAUUUUUUGGGGGGCGGAGUCCUGUUUUUUUUUUCUUCUGUCCUUUUUUGGCUUCUUCCUCGAGAUCUUUAUUUCGUUUCUGGGCCUCGAAAAUCGUCGCUGCGUUUUCUUUAUAGUUGAGAAUGAUGAUCAAGUUCUUUUUUUUUCUCUUUGUAGCUUGACUAUAGUCUGAUUCUGUCUUUUCUGAGCUAGGAAGCCAAUAAAAGGUCAGAAUCGGUUUCGGCCUUUUUUGGCUUCUUCUUCGAGAUCUUAAUCUCAUUUUGAAGUUUCAAGUAUCAUUAGCCAUUUUUAGGACCUCGGAAGCUUUUUUUGAAUUUUUUUCAAGGUGUACAAAAAUUGCGUUUUCAAGGGCUAUUUCAUUUUGAGAAUUCCCAUUUUGAGAAUUCCUAUCUGAAUUUCAAGUCUGUAGCAAAAUGUUUCUUUUUAUUUUCUAGCUUUGAAAAUUGAUCCUCAACGAUUCUCAAAAAAAUAAAACUUCAUUCUAAUAGAAUGAUUUUUUUCAAAUUUUUUGAGCUUUGAGAAAAUAUUUCGUUUAAGCAAAAUGAAAGGGGAAAGAGCUCCUCGGGAAUUUCAAUCAGAAUUGGCUUGAAUUUUUUUUAAAGUGUGAUGUGAGUUUUAAAAAUUUUUUCAAAUAGCAUAGGAAGAUUCUCAGAGACGCAUAUCAAAUUUUUCCCUCCAAAAUGAGUUCAAAAUUUCUUUCUAUUUUUGAGGACAUGCUUUUUGGGAACGUUUGCUCUCGGCCUUAUUCAGUUAUCAAAUACGAGCCCAGCCCACAUUUAUUCCAAAACGCACACAGCACAGAGGAAAUGGACUGCAAUUUUUUUUCCUCGUUCCUUGGACAAACAGAGAAAAUGCUGACUCAACUUUAGUUCUCCCAGGAAUUUUAGUGCCACUUCUCAUCUUUCGUGUUGUUUUAUUCAAAUUCCCUGUUUAAACUAUGCUUUUUGACAUAAAUCGCUUACGAAUGUUGCAUCAAGUGGAGGCAGAUGCGUCGCCAAGGCCGUUUCAAGCCUCUUGAUUGCCUUUUUUGGAGAAACCAAACCACAUUUCCUUUUUAUGGCCACUUUUUUUAAGAUUGAAAUGGUUUUGUUCCAUUUAUAGUUUUCACCAGAGUCGAUCUUGUUUCGCAAAACACAACGGCUAAACAAUUAUUUUUCUAGUUAGUCAGACUUUUUCAACAGUUCCAAACCGUUUAUUCAGUGACUCAGUGGAGAACAAAUAGCAAAAAUAAAAAUUUCUGGCUGGAAAAACGUCAAAUUCGGUCUUUUUUGAACGAAGGGUGUGUAUAUCAAAUUUUUCAAUUUGAAAUUUUGCAGAAGACGGAAAGAAUCGCGCCAAAGAGAAACAAAUCACCCUCUGGUUAUUGGCGACCCCGUACUUUUGUCCUAUGACUCUGCGUCUCCAGAAUCGAUGCGUAUGAUCCAGAGUGCACGUCCCAACAAUCUCGCAGGUAGAAAAUAUUUCACAACAAUACUUUCAGCAUUUUUAGCGUGGUCGACUUCCGUUCCAAAUAGAAAAGUUAACAUUCAAUCGAAUAUACACGAAAAAAGUUCCAUAAUCAGUUUUUCAACAUAUUUGAUCGUCUUUUUUCUAGCGAAAUCGGCAUGGUAUUUUGAAUUAAAACAUUUGUUUACUCAGUUAGAAACUUCUCUCAAUCAAUUAUUUACUAAUCAAACAGCUUCCUUUAUCCGUCUAUCUACCUUACUGUAACAUGAGCAACCUCUCUAUCCUAAAAUGUCGAAGACUCUUUUGUGUGAACCUUUUUUCCAUAACCCGCCGCCGGUUUCAGAGCGAGGCCGGCCGUUCUACCCGACCUCGUCGACCUAUGGACCCUCGACGCUCCAGCCGCGGAGCAAGUCCGCACGAAGACAGGGCAUGGUCAUGCUGACGCCCUCAUCACCGGAGUCGUCGUCCGCCGACGACUCGUUCAUGUCGGCGACGACGUCCUCCUCGGCCAGCCAUCGCCGACGCGACUGCAGCAUGCCGCCGCCGUCGGCUCGCGGCUCCGUCUACAACGACUUCCAUCACAAUCGUAUGCAGCUGCCCAAGCAGCACACCUACGACUAUGGCGACACCGUCGGCUCUUCGGCGUCAACGCGUCGACAGCGCACUCCUUUCGACGCUUACCUCUAUCCCGGCAGUCCUAACUCUCUCAAUAGGUACUUUAUUUUUGACGACUCUGACAGCAGGAAUGAGCAAAAGAUGUAUGAAUAUCUGGCCAUUUUUGAUAAGAAAUUUGUAGAAUUUAAAUGAGUAGGAUAUUCAUCAUCAUUUUAGAAGCAGAUUAUAAAUGUCCCAUUGAAUUACUUCACUAGGUUUUUUUAUUAGGUCAAAACUCGAGUAAAUAGUAAGUUUCUGCUUUGCUGAAGAAAAAAAAAAUGUUUUUAGACAAAAAAAUUGCAAAAAAAUUAGUUAGAUGAGGCUUUUUUGCUUUUUUGAAAGGAUUAUUUUUUCUUAAGUCCAAUUUUGCCAGCCGAAAGCUUAAUUAUCCAGUACCCUCCACACCACUUUCAGCUUGGAUUAGUAGGCAGAAUGAUAAACUGUCCCACCUCUCCUUUCUUAACGGAAUUUCCCUCUUUAACCCUCCGAAAAUUGCAGAUCGAUGGGCAGAUCCAACAACCCCACGACGCCCUCCAGUGUUCGACUUCCCAGGAGUUCCCAUCAUUACGAACCUUCCUACUAUGCCAGAGACGGUCCUUACUCGAGCGGCUAUCGCGUCCAGUCGCAAGCCCCGCCUCCGGCUCCCAAUUCGUCGGCCACGCCUCCAACGGCUCACAAUCUGAUUAUCCAGCCUGAUGGAUAUUAUCUGCAUGGUCAGCUUGGUGUGAUCAUUAACAUGCUUCAAUAGCAACACGGUUACAAAAAAUGACCCUGAAAAUAGUUAUCAGUUUUAAAACAAGUUUCCAAGUAUUUGGACUGGUUUCGAAACGAGUAUCCAUUACGGAAAAACAUAGAAAGGAGAAAAUUUGAAAGAAGAAGGAAGAAUUUUGUUCAGAUCUUUCGCCUGAACUGCGGCAGCGCCGAACGGUCGACACCAGGUUGGACUCGCCGUCGACCUCACACUCGAGUCAUCUCAAGGUGGAUACUCAGAAGGUCCAUUUCUAUACCAGAACCAAAAUCUGUUCAAAAAACCUUUUCUUGGCUGUUUGGAGGAGCUAGAAAAGUUUUGUGAAUUUUCCGUAGCAAAGAGUUUUUAAGCCCUAAAAUCAUGUCAGAUUACUACUUCUUUGAGAUUGGAGAAAAUAAUUUUUUUUUCUGAGGAAAGAGAACUUUAUUUUUGGAACUUCAGAGCGAAUCAAGCGUUGAGCAUACCGAUGAAGAGGCGCUCUCCUCAACUUUGCAUCGGCGACGCGAUUCUGGCGUCGGAUCCUCGCUUUCCCGGUCUCCUAGGUAAAUCCUAAGAUCAAAAAUCUGUACGAUUCCUUUUCUUUUUGAUAUCUUACUGAUCUUUUUUUUGACAAAUUCUAUCCAUGAGUCAAGUGAAAUACUUAUCUAUUUUAUUCUGUUCAGCUCAAAAUUUUCUUACAGCGGUCCAUCAGCUCAAAGAGUCCGACAGUCGGUUCUUCCCUACACCUCGCCGCUUUCCUCAAUCAUCCAUUCGGCCAAUUCUUCCACCACUGGAACUUGGCAAAACGGCAAGAAACGGUUCAAUGAACGCAACAACAUGUCUUCUUCAUUGGCUUCAAGGUAAAUUAUCGAUCUUUUCUUCGAGAGAAACAAAGUUUCAUCUUUUUUGUUCCGCCAAACAAUAACACCAUUCAGUUGGGGGCAGAAGAAACGCUUCCGCUUUUGAUUUUCCGACUUGUGGAACAAAAAACCAUCUUUCUUUUUCAGUACCACGAGCGCCGACGAGUCUUUCUUCACCGACGUCGAAAUGUCGCGGUGCAUCGACUCGCUCAGCAUCAUUGAACUUGUUCGUUUUUUUUUUCUGUUUGAUUAGGAUCAUUCUCCAGGUAUUUUCGGUUUGCAAAACUUUGAGAGAAUGAGAAAAAUCCUAAACCCUCUUGAAAGUGUAAGUUAAUAAAUAUUUUGGAUUUAUUAUCUCCUGAGCCGUUAUCGACUGAAUUUGUUAAGUUAAAAAGUCAGCUUCAAUAUGUCAAGCUUUUUUUUUACCUAUUUCAAUGUGGAGGUUGAAAAAAGGCUCUUGAGUUUCGCCAGAAAAGAACACUGAAUCUUGAAGACCGUAGUGUUUCAAAUAGGCUACACGUUUGGGUUGAAAAUUAUUUUCAAGUUUUACUUUUUUAUUGAUUUUAAAUAUUAAGAUGGAAAAAUGUUAUUAAUUUGACAAAACCUUUAGAAAUUCCGUUUUUUUCAGACUAGAACGCGAAAGUUGGCCUAUCUCCGAGUGACCGCCGCCCUGGAAAAAGCCAUGGGAGCCGGCGGAAUGAAGCUGAACGGCGUCUUCGCCGCGGCCGACCACGCCGCUGCCGCCGCUGGAGCUAUUCCCAAUGGCACCAGCAAGCACUGGAGCGUCCAGAAGUUCAUCAAGAAGAUCAAGAACGGCGAGGUCAAGACCAUCAAGGGCGAGUUUUUUCAUCUCUACAUGUUUUGCCGUAAAAAGGACAUCUUCAAGGAGGAGAAUCAUGUCUAAGAUGUCCAACUUUUCAGAUAAUGACGACACGUCUGUAUUUGGAGUUUCACUGGAGACAAUCUCGCGAAGGACCGGCCUUUGCCUUCCCAGAAGCAUCCUGGAGGUCCUCAUCGCUAACUUCAUCUUUUAUUUUAAUUUUUCAACUUCAGGUUCUCCGAUAUUUGCGACAAAUGGCCCCAGAAACUGUGGGAAUCUUCCGCAAAAAUGGCGUCAAAUCGCGAAUUGCCGAACUCCGCGCGAUUUGCGACCGCGACUCUGACGGCGACGUCUUCGUCGACGAGAAUCGCUUGGACUCGGGACAGGUUUUUCUGGUCUUCCAAAACCCGAAAAUCCAUUGUUUUGCCAGGUUCACGACGUCGCCGACCUCUUGAAGCAGUACUUGAGGGAGCUUCCUGAGCCUCUGAUGACGGUCCGUUGUUCAGAGAUCUUCGCCAACAUCUUCCUGCACGUUCCUGAAGUCGAAAGGUUUCUGAAGGGUUUUCGAACAUUUUCGAAAUGAUAAUUUUAGACUUACUACGAUCCAAUACGCGCUCCUUUUACUGCCGGAUGAAAACAGGGAAGCCAUCCAGACACUUCUUCUUUUCCUGCACGACGUCGACAAGUUCAACGACAUCAACAAUGUAAAUAUAACAUAAUAGUUUCUAGAUGGACAUUUUUUUGAAAUCGGUUUUUUUACAGGUCUUAUAUAUUUGUUUUCUAUUUUUAAAAUUUAGUUUUUUUGUUUGAAACAAGAGAAAAAAAUUGCGAAGAAUGGACUAUUCUCAAAGUUUGCUCAAGGAUUUCCAUAUUUGGUUUACGAAAAUGUGUUCAAUUACGGUAUAGUUUAUUUUUUUAAAUUAAUUUUUUUCAAGCCAAUUUUUUUACAUGAACGACUUCAGAUGCCGGCCCGAAACUUGGCCGUUUGCUUCACGCCGUCGCUUUUCCAGUUGAGUGCUUCGCGUCUUGACAAAGUGUCAUCUACUCGGUAGUUUCAUCCAGAUUAUUAGAUUAUAUGGAUGUUUCCCAGGCGCCACAAGACGAUCGGAGCCUCCGGAAUGCCGACCGAACGAGAAAUGAAGGAGACGAGGGCCUGUCAGGAGUGUUUGAGCAUGAUGAUCACCUACGCCAGAACCAUCUUCAUGGUUCCCGACGCGAUAGAGGAUCGGUGAGUGCGGAAAAAGUAUCAGAAGUCAAAAACGUAGCACUGUUAAAAUAGGUCUAUGAAAUUGAUUUGAUCAUUUUAACUUUCAAAGUUUCUAACUUUUUUCAAUUACUGUAUCGAAUAAUCCAAAAAACGAUCAAUAGAUGGGCAAUUCAUAAAAAAAAAUUACAGCGCUGACUUCGAAGACGACGUUCCUGCCUUAAAGGACCUCGGUCUAAAAGGCCCUCGGUCGUUCCUGAUCGACAGAGUUCUCGAUAUGGUCAAGGUAAACGAGAUCUGAGCCGUUCCUUAUCAUGAAGUUUGUUGUUAAAGGACCACGGGGACCGCUGGAAGUCGUGGACAGUGGAGGCGAUGGUCGACGGCCUGGAGCUCUCCUCGAAGAAAGCCGUCGACAGCCAUCCGCUGAAGACGUUGCGCGUCUGGGUCGACGUCGCCGCCCCUCCCAAGGAGGUCAUGCAAAGAGUGAUGAAGGAGCGGUGAGUAAAGCAACUUUCUCGAGUCAUCUUCUCUUACUGUAGCCAGGUUACGGUAGGCACCUGCACAUCUAAGGAAUAAAAGGUUUUUUGUCGGUGAACUGUAUAUCAAUCGAUAGGUGAUAUGAUUAUAAUAUACCAGAUUGAAAUCAGUUUUCAAAAGAAAGAAUUAAAAAAGGACCAGCAUGAAUUAUAUUAUUAUCUUCCUCAAGAAUUCUGACUCCCUGUUUCAGCUCCGUCUGGGACACGUCGGUGGUCAACUGGAGGACCGUCGAGAUGGUCAACGCUCCAGACACGGACAUCCAUCAAUACGUCGUCAAUGACACCGUCGGCCAUCCUACGAGGGACUGCUUCCUCGUUAGGUUUGUUAUUCGAGAGUUGGACUCAGCUAGAAUACGAGUCUACUUCUAAAUCUUCGAGCCUCCAAUUUUCAAACCGUUCAGUAAAAAUACACGCCUGCCUUAGGCUUAAUCUUGGAAAAAUUUCCUUUUCUGUAAAAAAAUUAUUUUUUUGUUCAUGAAUACAAUUUUUUUCGAAGCCAACAUAGCGUUUAUACAAAAGACUUUACACAUACUGUAUCUAUUAUGAUAUAUAUAUAUAUAUUAUAAAAAUCAUAUAUAUAUGAUACGAAACCCUCUCUCAUUGGCUUAGCAUUGUUUUAACAUGAACUUACAGAUUCCACUCCUCCCAGCUGACCGAAAUCCGAGGAGCAUGCGCGAUCGCGGAAAGAAGCGUGCAAAGUGCAGAGACGCAGCUUCUGGGCGGACUUCCGGCCACGGUUCUCGACCAGAGAUUCCUCAUCGAACCGAAAUCUGGCCACUCAAGGGUCACCUACAUCGCUAGAGUUGACCUCAAGUAAGUGCUAAAUUUUGAAAAGAAAACUCGUGGGAAAGAUUUUAAAGAAUUCAUAGAGAGCCGGUUUUUUUUUCAAAUUUAAAGACGGUUAUCUAACAUGUUAAUCCAAUUUAUCAGCUUUAAUGCCGAGUUCCUUCAUGUUUCACUUGUAGAAAAAUUAAUCGAAAUAAACUUUCAGAGGCCGCAGUUAUUCGUGGUACAGUCGUGUCUACGGACCGAUGAUGUGCCGUCAGAUGGGCCGUCUUCGUGAUUCUUUCCAUUCCGACGACGCCGGACCUGAAACUAAAGUUUGA